AUGAAACCUAAUCCUCCUUCUCCUUCACUUGCACCCCGGGGGCUUCGUUUGGCCUGCUCUCUCUCUGUAUGGCGCUCAGGUGUGCUCUUACAUGCUGAGACUCCAUGUCAUUACCGCUGUGAUCACAGUCAGGGUCUGGAGCAGGUAAGCGCUGAUUCUGGAAGCAUACAGGGAAGACUGCUCAUAUUGUAAGUACUACUACUGUCUGCGUUAUGAUAUGAGAAAGCUAGCUAGUGUAUUGUUGCACCGAUCUUAUGAUAUGGUCUGUAAUAAGCUUUGAAUGGAACAUACGUUUUGUUCUUGGAUCAUCACUUUUUAUCAGAUACUCUAUUGGGAAGUUGACUUGAGGCAAAUCUGGUGCAGUAGAUCACUUAUCAAAUAAAGGUCUCACAUAGGUCUCGUACUUUUUCCCCCCUGAGUAGUUGGCAGUUAUUUGGUUUGAAGUAAUUUUAGUGUGAUAUGUUUGAGAUGACAUCUUGUUUCACUGCCUCUUUGAUGACUUUUGUGGGAUAUUCAUUUGAUUCUGCAGCACAUUGUUGGAAGACGUCCCAACAAUAAGGAGAAGAUCAUUGCUUUUUCAUGCAAUUAGUGAUAACACGAUGCCAAGAAAAGAUGGUGUACAUACUUUGUUCUCUUCUCUCUUUUUCAGUAAGGUCUACAGUAUACUGUCCAUUAAAACCUACAUUAUUGCCAACUGUCUUUUAUAUAUGAUGUUUGAUAUGCAUUCAGGCAAUGUCAGCUACAGCAUGUUGGAUUGCUUGCUGUACAUUCAAUUCUAGCGACUGUUUUUCACCUGAGAUUUGAGUUACUGUAUGGAAUGGUUUCAUGAUUCAAGUCGAAGCAUAGCCUAGAGUAAAUCCCCAAACUAUCUCUUGAGGCCCAUACAUUCCCAAUAAAGUUCAUUCCUCCCUUGAGGGUGCACUUUUGCAGAGAACCGUGAUAUACGGCAUUGUACAUUCCAAUGUAGUCCCUUGGGCAUAUUAUUUUGCUGCCAUGCAUUUAAGUCUCCCAUUGUGAAUUGGCUAUAUGACCCACGAUGUGAGAAAAGUAGCCCAUACAAUUAGGGAGAUGGUCAAAUCAGUCACACCACCAAAGGCAUUGCAGCUUAGCUAAUAUCACAUCACCAGAAUGAUCUGAAUAUUUACUGAUGAAGCGAAUGGCUUCUGUGGUAUGUGUAAACUUUACUGUUGUAGGCACUUUGUAUUUACAACACAUUGCCUAAACAUGUGGUAGUUUAGGAUCUUAAUUUGAUCACGCUUUUGUUGUUGAGAAUUUUCCUGCACUGCAGCAAAUGCAGAUUAUUUAUAUAAAUUAACUGAAAACCCACACUAACACACAGUUAUAUUAACAGCAUUGCACUUUUCAUGUAGCCUACUUUUGUCCAGCUAAUAGCCAAACCACCGAUCAAGUAACAUUAUGGACUAAACGUUCAAGUCCUGUUGCUGCAGGAUUAUUUUGCUGUGACAGUAUACAGGUAACUAACUAAAUAAAGUAACCACCAACAUAAGUCCCCUGUAGAUCAGUUGGUAGAGCAUGGCGCUUGCAACGCCAGGGUUGUGGGUUCGUUUCCCACGGGGGGCCAGUAUGAAAAAUGUAUGCACUCACUAACUGUAAGUCGCUCUGGAUAAGAGCGUCUGCUAAAUGACUAAAAUGUAAAUGUGAAUAAAGUGUCUUAAUAGGACGUUGGGCCAGAACAGCUUCAAUGCAUCUUUGCAUCAAUUUUUACAAAUGUCUGGAACUCUACUGGAGGGAUGUGACACCAUUCUUCCACGAGAAAUUCCAUCAUUUGGUGUCUCCCAUAGGUGUUCAAUUGGGUUGAGAUCUGGUGACAGAAACAGCCAUAGCAUAUGGUUUACAUCAUUUUCAUGCUCAUCAAACCAUUCAGUGACCACUCGUGUCCUGUGGAUGGGGGCAUUGUCAUUGUAUGUGGGCAUAGCCAUGGUAGCCAAAAUAAUGACCUGCCCAGCAUGUCUGGACCUAUUUAUCAGCAUGUUGGUGAAACCUUGAUUUUACCUGUGAUAAUGUGAAUACCCUCACCUAAUUGUACUGGUAGAAAGGUCCUGGACAUCAACUCUCCACUCUACACUCUGUUUGUUUGAACUCUGUUCAAUGCAGCAAUUUUUUUCGGCUAAUGUGUUGUUCACUGUCUGACCUAUGACCAAGACCUGACUAAUUAAUUUUUACAGACCCUCUCCCUCCCUUCCCCAUUGACAGUGAUAGACACUUUGGUCUGGUUCACUGGACCCUUAUUCAUUCUUGGACUAAAAAGCACCUCCAAUAGAGCAUCUCUGUUGAGUCUGCUUCUUUGUCAAGGAAUAGGCUUAAUCUGGGUCCAUUGAACUGAAAACAUGGUGACUCGGUCUUCAAAAUCAAAUCAACGUUUAUUGGUUGCAUACACAGAUUUGCGGAUGUUAUCGCAGGUGCAGCAAAAUGCUUAUGUUUCUAGCUCCAACAGUGUAUAUCUAGCAAAUAUAUUGUGUUUUCACACUCUGGGUUGUUUUCUACCACCCAAAUAGGUCUGGCAGCCAACAACCUGCAGAAUGGUUUCUCUGUUCCUGCUCAUGUGUAAGUCACACUCACCUUCCUUUGGCACUAUUUGAAUUGAUGACAGGCAAAUCACAUGUAGCAGAAAAAGGAAAAACACAGAUCUUCACAGCUAUUUGUUUCAACAGGGGCAGGAUUCAAUUGUCUUGUUUUUGGCAGGAAGAAUCUCUUUGACAUUAUAGUCCAUGAAUCCUCUCUCCACAGGCGUGUGAUCACUUGCUGCACACUGAUGGAGAAUAUUUCCACUUGUUGGCACUUGCUUUCUCUAGCGGAAUACAUUUUUAUUUGCAUAUUUUCCCUAAUAUUCAUAAUGGUAGAUAUCAUUUUAGUCAUGUAUGGACAACUUUACUAUUGUUAAGUAGAAGUUUUGAGUGUUAUAAAAAGUGACUUUGGUCAUCUUAGAAAUUGUAUUAUUUUUGGUUUUAUUCGGUUUUAUUUCUGUUUAAUAAAAUACUUAUUUUCGUAAAGGCCCCAUCAAAGAUGACAUGUCUUUAAAACAAUUUGUAAUUUACUUAAAAUGUUUACUUAGAAAGGGAAAAGAAGCACAACAUCUGGCUUGUUGAUGAUUACAGUGUCUGCAUAUAAUCAAAAGCACCAAAGUGUUUAAUAAUGACCUAUAAUCUUUACAUAAUGACAGCUUACACAUACUGUAAGUAUAGUCAAUGCAUGUAUCCUUUUUUCACUAUACUGUUUGUGAGCAUAGGGUUUAAAUCCUUCCAAAACAAAUAGUACUGAAGCACAAUACUCAUAAUAUUAUCUUCCAUGAUCUAGCUAUUAUAGUGCAGCCUUGACAUCAUACUUUUUCAUUCUAAAUCCUGUAUUACAUUUAGUGUUAAUCUAUAAUAUAUAAACAAACACUAAACAGGUUAAAGCAAAAGAAAAGGAUAAGAAUAUGUUUUCUUUCUUGACCCCUCUGACUGUUCAGUUUCUCUGUUCCAGUGCUGGUGCCUGGGGCCCUCCUCCAGGAAGACUGUGAUGUGAACUCUUGCCACCCCCAGCUGGGGGACCUGAUGGUAGGCCGCGCUGCCCAGCUCUCAGCCUCCUCCACCUGUGGACGGAACAGGCCCCAUAACUACUGCAUCCUCGGAUACCUGGAGGUCAGGACUUAAAUCUUGAUAGGGGGGCUCUGUGGUGCACUGAUCCUAUAUACAAACUAGAGAUGUGGUGUUGAAGGCAGUGUUGUCUGCAUAUGUUCAUCUGUCUCUGUACACAGUACUAAUGUCAAAACAGAUAUGUUCCACAAGCACAGACAGACAGUGUCAGGGCGACGUGUAUGCUGUGAGCAAAGUCAAGCGCAGGACACCGAGCUACUGGCAGACAAACUUUACUUGCACAGUAAAUCAAAUACAAACAAGACCAAGAUCGUCGUGUUCCCCUGGGAGGGGGGAAGGUCCGUGACAAAAUCCACCGAUAGGUGAGACCACGGCCGUUGUGGAACGGGUAGGGGUUGUAACUUCCCUCUGGGCAGGUGUCUAGGCGCCUUACACUGGGCGCACACCGAGCAGGAGGAAACAUAAACCCUCACGUCCUUAGCUAAAGUGGGCCACCAGUACUUCCCACUAAGGCAGUGCACUGUCCGACCAAUACGAGGAUGACCAGAGGAGGGUGACAUGUGAGCCCAAUAUAUCAAUCGAUCGCGAAUCUCGAGCGGCACGUACUUCCGACCCUCUGGACACUGUGGGGGAGUAGGAUCGGUACGUAACGCCCGCUCGAUGUCCGCAUCAACCUCCCACACCACUGGUGCCACCAGACAAGACUCCGGGAGUAUGGGAGUGGGCUCAAUGGACCUCUCCUCUGUGUCAUAUAGUCGGGACAGGGCGUCUGCCUUAGCGUUCUGUGACCCUGGUCUAUAGGUGAGCUUAAAUACAAAUCGGGAGAAAAACAUAGCCCACCUUGCCUGGCGAGGGUUCAGCCUCCUCGCUGCCCGGAUGUACUCCAGGUUACGAUGGUCAGUCAGAAUGAGAAAAGGGUGUUUAGCCCCCUCAAGCCAAUGCCUCCACACCUUCAGGGCUUGAACCACAGCUAACAGCUCCCUGUCCCCCACGUCAUAAUUGCGCUCCGCCGGACUGAGCUUCUUAGAAUAGAAAGCACAGGGGCGGAGUGAUGGUGGCGUACCCGAGCGCUGAGACAGCACAGCGCCGAUCCCAGCCUCGGACGCAUCUACCUCAACUUGGAAUGCCAACGAGGGAUCCGGAUGUGCCAGCACCGGAGCCGAGGUAAACAGGUCCUUCAGAUGUCUAAACGCCCUGUCCGCCUCAGCCGACCACUGCAGACGCACCGGACCCCCCUUUAGCAGGGAGGUAAUGGGAGCUGCUACCUGUCCAAAGCCCCGGAUAAACCUCCGGUAGUAAUUGGCAAAAACCCAAGAACCGCUGCACUUCCUUCACCGUGGUGGGAGUCUGUCAAUUACGCAUGGCAGAAACGCGGUCAAUCUCCAUCUCCACCCCUGACGCGGACAACCGAUGUCCCAGGAAGGAGAUGGACUCCUGGAAGAAAAUACAUUUCUCCGCCUUCGCAUACAGGUCAUGCUCUAACAGUCUACCAAGCACUCGACGCACCAGGGACACAUGCUCGGCUCGUGUAGCGAAGUAUAUUAGAAUGUCAUCAAUAUACACCACUACACCCUGUCCAUGCAAGUCCCGGAAAAUCUCGUCCACAAAUGAUUGGAAGACUGAAGGAGCAUUCAUUAAACCGUAUGGCAUGACGAGGUACUCAUAGUGACCCGAGGUGGUACUGAAUGCUGUCUUCCACUCAUCUCCCUCCCUAAUGCGCACCAGGUUGUAAUGCGCACCUGAGAUCCAAUUUUGUGAAGAAUCGCGCCCCGUGUAAUGACUCCGUCAUACUAGCAAUCAGAGGGAGAGGAUAGCUGUAUUUGAUUGUGAUCUGAUUGAGACCACGGUAAUCAAUACACGGGCGUAAAUCCCCAUCCUUCUUCUUCACAAAAAAGAAACUUGAGGACGCAGGGGAAGUGGACGGCCGUAUGUAUCCCUGUCUCAGAGAUUCUGUGACGUAUGUCUCCAUAGCCGACGUCUCCUCCUGAGACAGAGGAUACACAUGACUACGCGGAAGCGCAGCACCUAUUUGGAGGGCUAUCGCACAAUCCCCCUGUCGAUGAGGUAUUUUAAAGAAGGCGAGUGCCAAAUCGCCAUACUCAGGUGGAAUGUGCAUGGUGGGAACUUGGUUUGCGCUUUCCACCGUCGUUGCCCCUACGGAAACACCUACACACCGCCCAAAACACUGAUCAGACCAUCCCUUGAGAGCCCUCUGUUGCCAUGAAAUGUUGGGGUCAUGAGAUGUUAACCAGGGAAGCCCCAACACCACGGGAAACGCAGGAGAAUCGAUCAAAUACAAACGUAGUAUCUCCUCAUGGCCCUCCUGCGUGUUCAUCCUGAGAGGCGCUGUGACUUCCCUAAUCAAUCCUGACCCCAAAGAUCGGCUAUCUAGGGCAUGGAUGGGGAAGGGCACAUCAACAGGUACAAUAGGAAUCCCUAACUUAUAGGUGAAUUGGCGAUCGAUAAAAUUCCCAGCUGCUCCUGAAUCUACUAGUGCCUUAUGCUGGGAGUGAGGAGAAACCUCGGGAAACACAACUUUAAUACACAUACUGUAUGCGCAACAGAGAGCUCUGGGUGAGUUGGGUGCCUACUCACCUGGAAUGACUCAUCAGUGCGCUGCCUACUGCCUCGAUUCCUAGGAGACCAUCCCCAGCACCGACCAGCAGUGUGUCCUCUGCGGCCACAGUUGGUGCAGGGGACGGCCUCCCUCCUGGUCUCCCUAGCACCAGUACCUCCGAGCUCCAUAGGGGUCGGUUGGAAGUGCUGGGGGAUGGAAUGGACGGCCCUGAAUCCGGACGUCCGCGGGUAGCCAACAUGUCCACCAGUUGGUCGAAGCUGAGGUUGGUGUCCCUGCAGGCCAAUUCCCGACGCACGUCCUCCCUCAGGCUACAUCUGUAGUGGUCGAUGAGGGCCCUCUCAUUCCAUCCCGCGUUGGCAGCCAGUGUCCGGAAGUCCAGCGCGAACUCCUGUGCUCUCCUCCUCCCCUGUCCAAGGUGGAAUAGACGCUCACCCGCCGCUUUACCCUCGGGUGGAUGAUCGAAUACUGCCCUGAAGCGGCGGGUGAACUCCGCAUAGUUGACAGUAGCGGCGUCUAUUCCCGCCCACUCGGCGUUGGCCCACUCCAGUGCCUUGCCGGACAGACAGGAGAUGAGGGCGGACACGCUCUCGUAUCCCGAGGGCACCGGGUGGAUGGUUUCUAGGUAGAGUUCAACCUGGAGCAGGAAACCCUGACACCCGGCCGCUGUGCCAUCAUAAGCCCUCGGGAGCGAGAGCCGAAUCCCACUGGACCCCGGAGGUGAAACGAUGGGCAUCGCCGAUGGUGGUGGUAUCAUUGGAGGAGGCGUAGGCAGACCCCCUCUUUCCCAUCGCUCAAUAGUGCUCACCACCCGUUCCAUGGCGGUGCCGAGAGCCAGGAUCAUGGCCGCUUGGUGUUCGACGCGUUCCUCCAUUGAUCCAGCUGGCACCGCCGCUCCUGCUGACUCCAUGAGUGGUGUGUGAUUCUGUCAGGGCGACGUGUAUGCUGUGAGCGAAGUCAAGCGCAGGACACCGAGCUACUGGCAGACGAACUUUACUUGCACAGUAAAUCAAAUACAAACAAAACCUCCAAACAGAGAGGAACAGCAUACACCCGAACACUGCCGACCUCACGGAAAACAAUCACACACAAUAACUAUUGAGAGACAGGGGGUUAUAAAGGGAAUACAAUGUAACAUAAUGGGAAACAGGUGAAAACAAUCAGGACAAACUAGACAAACACCGAAACAUAGAUCGGUGGCAGCUAGUACUCCAGGGACGACGAACGACGAAGCCUGCCCGAGCCAGGAGGAGGGGCAGCCUCGGCUGAUUCCGUGACAGACAGAUUGACACAUGCAUGCAUGUACUUUAGCUGUGAUCCCACGCAAAAAGACAUCAGGCUUGCCAGUACCAGGGUUGAGGAGUAAUUGAUUACAUGUAAUCUGAUUAUAAAGAACUAACUUUCAUCAGUUACUUUACCAGCAAACAUAUUGCAAUCAGAUUACAGAUACUUUAGAAAACUAGAUUACUUAUUUCAUUACUUUUAAAUUCUAAAAGGAUGUUUGCGAUAAAAAAUAAAUACAUUAUGACACCUUUGUUUUCUCAAUGACAUUUAGUUCAGCAUUGAAAAAGUUUGCAAGUUUACGUUUAUUUCACCUGAGCGAGUUUGACCACAAGUCAGCGACCACUAUGAUGACACACCAAAUGCGUUUGAUGUAUCCUUUUCGUCUUCUUAAGGGCAAAGUAAUCCAAAAGUAACUACGAUUUUUUUAAAUUAGAAAUGUAAACGUAACUGAUUACAUUUAGAAACCUGGUCAGUAUUAUCUACAGAAUUUCAACAGGUUUUAAGCCAGAUGUUGAAGGUUGGAAUAGGAUAUAAAGCGUUGUUUUAGAACAACUCUCUCCAUUUGAUUGACAGCUCUGUGGCUCGCCCUUAAGAUGCUUCAUACUGCAGACGUGUCUUGAUCUGCCACAUUUAUAGGCCAUUACCUGUCUUUUCACUGAACACGCUCUGGGACUAAUUUUUGUGCUCUCGCUAUGAUGAUUGCUUGCAUAGUGCUCUUGCUUCCCCUUCAUUCCCCUUCACUUUUCCAUCUAACACACCUUAUUUCUAUAUGUUUCACUCUCUGCCUUUCUCCCUCUCACAGCUCUUCCCCCUGUUCUCCCCUGACAGGUGAUAGGUAUGUGGGGUGUGUGCCACUUUUGCAUUUCUUUUUCUAGUUCAUUUUGGUUCUUUAUUUUAUUCAAUUUCUUAUUUGUUAGUCAGAACAGAUGCAUGGCAAAUGUUGUUCUCUAACCACCGAUUGACAGUUGUAAAUAGCAGUACAGUCUUAAGAUGCCCUCUGGUUCAUACCUUGUCUGACUGAGUUGAUUUAAUGGGAUUAUUCCAGUGUUGGUGAAUGCAUGUCCUCACACGCCUACCAUCGCAUGGAAGUUCCAUACACUUUUGUAUGAUUUAUGGCCUUAUGACUUUAUAAGUUACGUUUUGUUCGUAAAAUACUGCCUCAUUGUUUUGGGGCAGUUGAGAACUAAUUGUAGGACAAAAAGUGUAACUUAAUCGCUCACUCAGUUAUUAGAGUUGUUGCCAUGGCAAACCAAUGAGUUGUGUAAAACCACUGUUUCAUUUCUAGCAACAAAAUGGAAAAUGUCCCUUUUUGUCUCUCUCAGGAUGAGCAGAAGUGUUUCAGCUGUGAUUCCAGGCAGCCCUACAACCUCUACAACAACCAAGACAGCCACCAGAUUGAGAACGUCAUCACCAACUUUGGCCCUGAGCGCAAAAUGAAGUGGUGGCAGUCUGAGAACGGUGGGUCUCAUUCCAGAUGUUGUCUGUAUGAUAGCCAGGCCUAGGUCAAAAACAUAAUGUUACUUACGUGAAAGUAUUUGAGAUUAGCUUUAGCUUGAGUACCGACAGGGCUAACUAAAUCACUUGAAAGUAUUUGACGCAUGUAUUUGAACUCAGUCUGAUCAUAUCAAGAGGUGAGCAAGAAUGUUCCAACACCUUUUGAAUGGCUAGGCUAGAGCCUACUGUACAAUGACAGCUCAUGGAAAAUCCCUUUUAGGGACUUUUGGACUCCAUCUGAUACAAAAGACCUUGGCCUUGGCACCAGUAAAUCUUUUCUCACAACAUUCACUGAUACCACUAUACAUCCAUAAAUGUAGGGGUUCAUCAAGUCAGUAUCCGGCUGGAUCUGGAGACUCUUUUCCAGUUCAGCCAUCUGGUCCUCACUUUCAAGGUAUCUAACACCCCUUGUCUAAGACCUCUGACAGCCAAACCAUAACACAGUGUUCUUAACAAUUUUCGCUCUGUCUGCACUGAGACUUCCUGUGGAGUGAUAAUAUUUCCUUUUCUUGGCCUUGAAGAGUUUCCGUCCUGCCGCCAUGUUGGUGGAGAGGUCCAAAGACUACGGGCACAGUUGGAAGGUGUUCCGCUACUUUUCAGAGGACUGUGCCUCCCACUUCCCUUGGGUCUCGCAAGGGCCGGCUGACAGCAUCGAUGAUGUCAUCUGUGACAGCAGAUACUCAGCCUCAGAGCCAUCUACUGACGGAGAGGUGAAAUACACAUACAUACACACACGUUUACAUUUUGGUCAUUUAGCAGACACUUAUCUAGAGUGACUUACACACCGAUGUAACACGCAAUAACCAAACAUAUGGCACGUAUCUAUGAUUACAUUACAGGUGGUGUUGAAGGCUCUAGAUCCAAGUUUUGACAUAGAGAACCCAUAUGCUCCCCAUAUUCAAGGUUAGACACAGCUCCUAUACUUUUCAUUGCAUUAUUACCAUUGGUGGAACAAUGUAGAAUUAUAUGUAUAUAAAAAAAACACUUUCACCCAUUUGAUAUGUUCUCCCCUUCAGAGCAGAUCACCUUGACCAACCUGCGGGUCAACUUCACCCAUUUGUUCACCCUGGGUGACACCCUACUGGCGCGGAAGAAGAGGAACCCUCAGGAGAAGUACUACUAUGCCCUGUACGAAAUGGUGGUGCGCGGCAGCUGCUUCUGCAAUGGCCAUGCCAGCAUGUGUAUGCCCGUGGAUGGCACCCGAGGAGAUGUCUUAAAUGAGCGUGGCAUGGUGAGGAUGGUGAAGAAGGGACUAUAGCAGUUGUACUGUAUCCAUAAUGGCCACAUUGAAUCCUGAACGGUUUUCUUUUGGGUUCUUCAAGUAUUGUUUACCUCCGUAUAUCUUUGUGUAUCUCUGAUCUUGUUCUCUUAGAUUCACGGGCGCUGUGUAUGCCAACACAACACUGUGGGCACAAACUGUGAGAGAUGCCAGGACUUUUACAAUGAUGUCCCCUGGAGGCCGGCCGGCCAAACUGACCCACAUGUCUGCAGAAGUAAUGCACUUUAAUGGGCUAUUUACUAUUUGACUGGUGUUUAUGCAUGAACUGGGAUUCAAACCUGAAAUGCCUAACAUGCUAUGAGCUAAAGCCUCGAACACCCCUCCAAGCCAUCAUUGAUGGAAUCAUACUUAUGUGGAAAAUGGGAUAAUUCAGAGUGUAUUACAUUGUAUAAGUAUUAUGAUGGUGUUUGUUUCUUCACUUAGGGUGUAACUGUCACGGUCAUUCGGAGACGUGUCACUUCGACAUAGACCAGUACCAGGCCAGUGGGGGGGUCAGCGGGGGUGUGUGUGACAACUGCCGACACGACCGCAUGGGUCCCCAGUGUGAACGCUGCCGACCCUAUCUCUACCAGGACCCCCAGCUCUCCAUGGAAGACCCUCGGGGAUGUAUCCGUAAGUCAGCUUCUAGCAGGUUUAUAUCUAGAUUGGGCUUUUGGUCCAGGCAAAUAAUCUGGCAAUGAUUUAUAUGAAGUUGUCCCUGUAGGUCUUGUACUACUCCCAUGAAGUGAAGUCAAUAGACGCUUUGCAUUGAUGUCACGGUAUAUGAAGCUGUGCAUCGAUGUCAUUCAAUCUCUUUCCAUCCUGUUCUAACGGUGGAUCUCAUUGGCUCCCUCUGCUCCAGCGUGUGACUGUGAUCCGACGGGGUCCCUGGAUAACGGCCUGUGUGACCCCGUGUCGGGCCGCUGCGUGUGUAAGGAGAACGUGGCAGGGGACAGGUGUGAUCGCUGUAAAUUUGGCUUCUACGGGUUCAGCCAGGCGGACCCCACUGGCUGCCAGAGUAAGAAUCUUUACCAAGAGCCAGAUCUGCUGGACUCAUUCUAUAUCUAUGGUGGCCUCCCUGUGGUUCAUCCCUCUCUCUGAUUGGUCCUCUGUGUUUAGGGUGCAGGUGUAACUUCCUGGGUAGUGUCCUGACCCCCUACCCAUGUGACCAGUUGACAGGCCAGUGUGUAUGUCAGCGCCUCGCCACGGGACCCCUGUGUGACCAAUGUCUGGUAGGACCAUGUGUCCAUGACAACCAGUGUUGUAGUGAUGGAGUUGAUUCUUUCUGUCACAUUUAUUGUGAUUUAGCUCUUACCAUAAACUUAAUGCCACCAACGUCCUGAUUGAUCUCUCUCCCUCUCUCUCUCUCUCUCUCUUUCUCUUUCUCUCCAUCUCACUCUUGCUGUCUCGCUCUCUAGCCAGGUUACUGGGGUCUGGGGAACACUGUACACACCUGCUCACCUUGUGACUGUGACCAUGGAGGAGCCUACAGCAGCACGUGUGUAAAACAGCAUUGUACAGUACAUAAUGACUUCUUAAAGUAACUGUCCAGUGAAAAUCUCACUAUUUCACUCAUAUUUUAAUUAAUUAUAAGUCAUAUUUCAUAGAAAUCUGGACAGUUACUUCAUUUUUUUAUAUUUUUAAGUCUUUGUAUAUUGGAUAGAGGUGAAAGAUGGAGAAGAGUGUGCUGAAAUAGCAGUGGGCCAGAUUCAAACCCAUGCUGCAGUGGUACAUGUGCACUGGAGGCAGCUGCCUAGACUGCUAGACCACCCUAGGCCACACUAGACCUUUACUUCACGUAACUGACGUAACACCUGGGGUUUAUUCAGUGAGGUGAAACGCUCAUCAUCAAUCACAUCUGUUCUACUCAAUACAUUUCUAUGUAAACAUUCUGAACGUUUCACCUCUGAAACAGAAUACACCCCGGGCUAAGCGUGUUCUGACUUGCCCACUUGUCCAACCUGAUUGGCUGUAUCUCCCUGUCUGUCAUGUCCACAGGUGCUCCUCAGUGGACGGCCAGUGUCAGUGCCUGCCCAACAUGGUGGGCCGGAGCUGUGGUGAUCCUGCUCCUGGACAUUUCCUUGCUGCUCUGGACUACUACCUGUACGAGGCAGAGAACGCUGCCCCACUGGAGGGAAAAAACUCCUCCUCUCUGGUGAGGCCUGAGUAUGACCUUUGACCUCCAGCAUUGUGGCAAAUGGCUGUGGAUGGAAAGCUUCAGUGUCAAACUUUUGAUAUUGGAUUUUGUCAGCAAUUCAAAAACCCUAAGUUGGUGUCUGUGUGUGUUCCUCUCCCAGUUUAAACCCACAGACAUGCCUGUGUGUGAGGAAUACUACAGACAGCAGGGCUAUGACCUCAAAUAUCAAAAUGGCCGCUUGGUCCUGACCAGGAGAAGCAAGAGACGAGCCAGGAGGAGAAGACAGGGACAGGUACUAGCAAUGGCUCAAUACCUUACUUACACAGUACUAGUGUAGUACUAAUUAGCAACUCACACUGGGUUUCUUUCCAUCAGAGGUCCAUUCGCCUGGACCCAGGCUCAGCGCUCCAGAUUGUGCCCCGGGAGAGGACCCCAGAUGUACCAAUCACUUGGACCGGCCCAGGAUUCGUGCGGGUCCUGGAUGGUGCGGGGCUUAGGUUCACUGUGGACAACCUCCCAGCAACCCUUGACUACCAUCUAGUCAUCCGCUAUGAACCAGAGGUGAGGGCAACCAUAGCAACUAAAAACAUGUGAAACCAUGGAAACACGCUGUAAGUGUUGAUGUGUGUGCAUGUGAAAUAGUUUCUGUGUGAAUUUGAGCUUAUAUUUAUUGUGCCCUCAAAGUUGGACACUGUGCUUACUUUGGUCUCUGAAGUCGCCAGAUGACUGGAUGGCCUCUGUGAGCAUUGUUCCAUUAUUGGCUGGUGAUGGAGGAUGUCCCACUAACCCGACAGGGGAGAAAACACUCACCAUACCUGGGGCUGCCAGGUAAAAGGCAACUGCACUCAUUAUCAUAAUAUAUCAUCAAUAUCAACCUAAGGUCACACCCGAGGUGAAUUGUACAGUAUUUACCUGCAUACUCCUAAGUCUGAUAACAUUAUGAUCGUGUGUUUGUCCCCAGGGUUGCCAUUUUGGAUACGCCUGUGUGUCUGAACGCAGGAGGAAGAUAUUAUGUGGACAUCACUUUUAGGAAGCAGCCCAACUCUAACCCUCAGUCCAGCUCACAUACCCUCAUCGACUCAGUGGGAAUACCAUCACAUUAUCAUUUGUAUCAUAAUAUUGUCUGUCAUGGGAGAUGUAGUCUUCUGAGGUACCCUGUUAAACCCAUGCACUUCCUGUUUCUAGAUGGGUCUGAUCCCUAAGAUGGAGUCUGUGCAGGACUUCUGUUCGCAGAGUGAGCUGGACUCGUUCAGAAGAUUCCGCUGUGUUGAGUUGGCUGCUGAGCAGGAGAUCCUGCCUGAUGUGUGUAAGGGCCUCAUCGGAAGCCUGUCGGCCCGCAUACACAACGGAGCCAUGCGUGAGUAAACCAUGGCCUAGCCUAAACAAUAUCUCAACGUUAUCACAGUGUACACUGUAGGUAUAUACUCAUUCUGGCAACCGUUCAGAAAUCGGCACUUAUUUUCAGCUAGCUCUGAGCCCUGAGCGAAGGUAUGAGACUUCGAAAAAAGCCAAAGUGGGUGUGUAAUGCCAUUACCGGUGUCUCCAGUUUGCAGGUGUAACAUCCAGGGUUCUCAUGGCCCCUCCUGCAGUAAAUUCGGAGGGCUCUGUGAGUGCAAGGCCAAUGUGGUUGGCCGCUGCUGUGACUCCUGCGCCCCCAUGAACUUCGGCUUCGGACCCAACGGCUGUGCACGUAUGUCACCAUGACAACAGCUUUCUAUGGUUACAUUCUAUGGUUACAUACCAUAAUAUAUAUACACUACUGGUCAAAAGUUUUAGAACACCUACUCAUUCAAGGGUUUUUCUUGAUUUUUUACUAUUUUCUACAUUGUAGAAUAAUAGUGAAGACAUCAACACUAUGAAAUAACACAUAUGGAAUCAUGUAGUAACCAAAAAAGUUAACACUUUGAAAGUUUUUUCAAGUGCAGUCGCAAAAAACCAUCAAGCGCUAUGAUGAAACUGGCUCUCAUGAGGACCGCCACAGGAAUGGAAGACCCAGAGUUACCUCUGCUGCAGAGGAUAAGUUCAUUAGAGUUACCAGCCUCAGAAAAUGCAGCCCAAAUAAAUGCUUCACAGAGUUCAAGUAACAGACACAUCUCAACAUCAACUGUUCAGAAGAGACUGUGUGAAUCAGGCCUUCAUGGUCAAAUUGCUGCAAAGAAACCACUACUAAAGGACACCAAUAAAAGGAAGAGACUUGCUUGGGCCAAGAAACACGAGCAAUGGACAUUAGAGUCUGUGUCUUUGUGAGACGCAGUGUGGGUGAACGGAUGAUCUCUGCAUGUGUGGUUCCCACCGUGAAGCAUGGAGGAGGAGGUGUGAUGGUGUGGGGGUGCUUUGCUGGUGACACUGUCAGUGAUUUAUUUAGAAUUCAAGGCACACUUAACCAGCAUGGCUACCACAGCAUUCUGCAGCGAUACGCCAUCCCAUCUGGUUUGGGCUUAGUGGGACUAUCAUUUGUAUUUCAACAGGACAAUGACCCAACACACCUCCAGGCUGUGUAAGGGCUAUUUUACCAAGAAGGAGAGUGAUGGAGUGCUGCAUCAGAUGACCUCCACAAUCCCCCGACCUCAACUAAAUUGAGAUGGUUUGGGAUUAGACGGACCGCAGAGUGAAGGAAAAGCAGCCAACAAGUGCUCAGCAUAUGUGGGAACUCCUUCAAGACUGUUGGAAAAGCAUUCCAGGUGAAGCUGGUUGAGAAAAUGCCAAGAGUGUGCAAAGCUGUCAUCAAGGCAAGGGGUGGCUAUUUGAAGAAUCUCAAAUCUCAUAUAUAUUUUGGUUAUUACAUGAUUCCAUACAGUGAGGGAAAAAAAGUAUUUGAUCCCCUGCUGAUUUUGUACGUUUGCCCACUGACAAAGACAUGAUCAGUCUAUAAUUUUAAUGCUAGGUUUAUUUGAACAGUGAGAGACAGAAUAACAACAAAAAAAUCCAGAAAAAUGCAUGUCAAAAAUGUUAUAAAUUGAUUUGCAUUUUAAUGAGGGAAUUAAGUAUUUGACCCCUCUGCAAAACAUGACUUAGUACUUGGUGGCAAAACCCUUGUUGGCAAUCACAGAGGUCAGACUUUUCUUGUAGUUGGCCACCAGGUUUGCACACAUCUCAGGAGGGAUUUUGUCCCACUCCUCUUUGCAGAUCUUCUCCAAGUCAUUAAGGUUUUGAGGCUGACGUUUGGCAACUCAAACCUUCUGCUCCCUCCACAGAUUUUCUAUGGGAUUAAGGUCUGGAGACUGGCUAGACCACUCCAGGACCUUAAUGUGCUUCUUCUUGAGCCACUCCUUUGUUGCCUUGGCCGUGUGAUUUGGGUCAUUGUCAUGCUGGAAUACCCAUCCACGACCCAUUUUCAAUGCCCUGGCUGAGGGAAGGAGGUUCUCACCCAAGAUUUGACGGUACAUGGCCCCGUCCAUCGUCCCUUUGAUGCGGUGAAGUUGUCCUGUCCCCUUAGCAGAAAAACACCCCCAAAGCAUAAUGUUUCCACCUCCAUGUUUGACGGUGGGGAUGGUGUUCUUGGGGUCAUAGGCAGCAUUCCUCCUCCUCCAAACACGGCGAGUUGAGUUGAUGCCAAAGAGCUCGAUUUUGGUCUCAUCUGACCACAACACUUUCACCCAGUUCUCCUCUGAAUCAUUCAGAUGUUCACUGGCAAACUUAAGACGGCCCUGUAUAUGUGCUUUCUUGAGCAGGGGGAUCUUGCGGGCGCUGCAGGAUUUCAGUCCUUCACGGCGUAGUGUGUUACCAAUUGUUUUCUUGGUGACUAUGGUCCCAGCUGCCUUGAGAUCAUUGACAAGAUCCUUCCGUGUAGUUCUGGGCUGAUUCCUCACCGUUCUCAUGAUCAUUGCAACUCCACGAGGUGAGAUCUUGCAUGGAGCCCCAGGCCGAGGGAGAUUGACAGUUCUUUUGUGUUUCUUCCAUUUGCGAAUAAUCGCACCAACUGUUGUCACCUUCUCACCAAGCUGCUUGGCGAUGGUCUUGUAGCCCAUUCCAGCCUUGUGUAGGUUUACAAUCUUGUCCCUGACAUCCUUGGAGAGCUCUUUGGUCUUGGCCAUGGUGGAGAGUUUGGAAUCUGACUGAUUGAUUGCUUCUGUGGACAGGUGUCUUUUAUACAGGUAACAAGAUGAGAUUAGGAGCACUCCCUUUAAGAGUGUGCUCCUAAUCUCAGCUAGUUACCUGUAUAAAAGACACCUGGGAGCCAGAAAUCUUUUUGAUUGAGAGGGGGUCAAAUACUUACUUCCCUCAUUAAAAUGCAAAUCAAUUUAUACAAAAUUUUACAUGCGUUUUUCUGGAUUUCUUUGUUGUUAUUCUGUCUCUCACUGUUCAAAUAAACCUACCAUUAAAAUGAUAGACCGAUCAUUUCUUUGUCAGUGGGCAAACGUACAAAAUCAGCAGGGGAUCAAAUACUUUUUUCCCUCACUGUAUGUUAUAUUUUAUAGUUUUGAUGUCUUCACUAUUAUUCUACAAUGUAGAAAAUAGUAAAAAUAAAGAAAAACCCUUGAAUGAGGAGGUGUUCUAAAACUUUUGACCCAUAGUGUAUGUGUUUGAAAAGAUGCUGUGAGGUCUUUGUUGUGUUCUAAUUGUGACUAAACCUUUUCCUGAAUAAGAGAAGAUAUUCUCUCUUUCUCGUUCUCUUGUCUCUCGCGAUCGCUCUCUCUCCCUCCCCCUCCAACCUCCCCUCCUCCAGCGUGUGAGUGUGACCCUCGCGGUGCGGUGGCGGAGCUGUGUGACCAGGUCAGAGGUCAGUGUCCGUGUCGUAUGGAGGUGGGUGGGCGACGCUGUGACCGUUGCCUGCCGGGGUACUACAGCUUCCCCCUGUGUCGGCCCUGUGACUGCAACGGCCUGGCUGAACUGUGUGACCAGGACACUGGAGCCUGCCUGGACUGCAGGGAGCACUCCACCGGAUACAGAUGUGAGAGGUGAAGGUUCUUUCAUUCAUUUAUUUAUUCAUUCAUUCAUUUAAACGUUUUUAUUCACAUUUCCAUAUUAUAAUCAACCCAUAUCUAUAGCCUGGUUCCAUAUCUGUGUGUGCCAACUCCUCUGACUAUCAUUCUUUCUACAGUCACAGAUCUGCCAGUGUACAGUACACACAGUGUCAGUCAGACUGAAUAAUGAAUGUUGUGUGUUUGGUUGCUCCAGGUGUGUGGAGGGUUACUUUGGUGACCCAGUCUCCAGGGAGCCCUGUGAGCCUUGUCUGUGUCCUGACACUCAGUCCAGUGGACGGUUCUUCGCCAGCACCUGCAACAAGGACCCAGAGUCUGGUAGCCUGACCUGUGACUGCCUGACUGGACACACAGGUGUGUUUGUGUGUUUAUGUAGGUGCAUGUGCACUCUUUUCAACAUUUGAUGAAGCUACUGGCUAGUUUGACUGCUCAAUACUGACCUUUGAACCACGUUUCUCUCCCCGCCCAUAUUCCAUUCAGGUCUCUUCUGUGAUGCCUGCUCUGCUGGUUUCUACAGUGGCCUGACCAAGCCGGGUGGCGGCUGCGUGGAGUGUCUCUGUAACAACAACAUCGACCCUGCUGACAGUGACGCGUGUGACAGUGUGACGGGCGAGUGUUUGCGUUGCCUCCACAACACCCAGGGACCCAACUGUCAGAGCUGUAGGCCUGGCUACUAUGGAGACGCACUGGCCCAGGACUGCAAAGGUAUAGCAGGGACACACAGUAUCAAAAUUGUCAUCAAAUCCCAUGACUGUUUGGAUAUGAUAUGUGGCUAUUUAUGUGUGUUUUACUGUCUUUAUUUUUGUUUGUGUGUUCCCCAGAGUGCUCCUGUGACCGGCAGGGGACGGAUGUGACCCAGUGCCCUCUGGGCAGCCCGUGUUUCUGUGACCCGCUGACAGGUCAGUGCCCGUGUCGGGCAGGCGCGGUGGGAACGCUGUGUGACGAGUGUGCCAACGGCUUCUGGAACAUUCAGGGAGAGUCCGGGUGCCAACCAUGCAAAUGUGAUCCUGCUAACUCCUUCAAUAACCACUGUGACAAGGCAAGGCCUCAAUACUCCCUAGCACUUCAUUUUACAUACUUGGAUAAUGGAUAAAUUAAGAUAUAUAGUCAGGUCCAAAAUUAUUGGAACCCUUGAUAACGAUGAGCAAAAACGACUGUAUAAAAUUAUAUAUUUUAUAGUAUACUAAUAUAAUUGCUCAAAGAAACAUUUUGUUUAAAGGGGCAGUCAAAAAUGGGAUUUUCCUGUGUUUUAUAUACACUGAGUGUACAAGACAUUAGGAACUCCUUCCUAAUAUCAAGUUGCACCCCCUUUUGCCCUCAAAACAGCCUCAAUUCAUCGGGGCAUGGACUCUACAAGGUGUCGAAAGCGUUCCACAGGGAUUCUGGCACAUGUUGACUCCAAUGCUUCGCACAGUUGUGUCAAGUUGGCUGGAUGUCCUUUGGGUGGUGGACCAUUCUUGAUACACAUUGGAAACUGUUCAGCGAGAAAAAGGCACUUCAAUCUUUUGUCUUGCCUAUUCACAUUCUGAAUGGCACACAUACAUAAUCAAUUUCUCAAUUGUCUCAAGGCUUAAAGUCUCCUCCCUUUCAUCUACACUGAUUUGAAGUGGAUUUAACUGGUGACAUCAAUAAGGGAUCAUAGCUUUCACCUGGAUUCAACUGGUCAGUUAUUAUGGACAAAACUGAGCAAGAUUAUCUUUGUUUUUCAAACGGCAGCCAAGCAUCGAUCAUCAAGUCACCAGGAUAUUUAUUGGAAAAGAGCAUCAAGCUAAUCACUGAGCACUUUAUUUACAUUUACGUCAUUUAGCAGACGCUCUUAUCCAGAGCUUUAUGAUGGUUAUUAUAUCAAUAUUUGCGCAUUAAAGGUGUAUCCACCGCCAUUUUUCUUUUACACCUUGAUCACACCUUUGCCUAGCGUAUUCUGUUUUGUCGACAUUUGGAAAUGUACUGCCAGAUUUGCUGUUUCUAUCAGGCCUGUCGUGCCAUUUUUAUUAUCCCACAUAAAAAGGGUUGGAAACCUGGUUUCUGUGAUUGUUUUCAUUUAAAAUUGUCAAAAUGUAACAUAGCUUCUUAGCAAAAAGCAAUUUCUCAAGCAAGAAUUUAGCUAAAACUUUAUUGGAGUGAUCUGAGUGAGGGACCUAAUUGGAGGAGCCUAAUGGGAGGGAUAUGUAACCUGAAAACUAGCUGUUAUUGGCAAAUCUACACUGAGUGUACAAAACAUUAAGGACACCAUGACCUAGACUGACCAGGUGAAUCCAGGUGACAGCUAUGAUCCCUUAUUGAUGUCCCAAAUUGAUGUUAAAUCCACUUCAAUCAGUGUAGAUGAAGGGGAGGAUACCAGUUUAAGAUGGAUUUUUAAGCCUUGAGACAUGGAUAAUUUAUGUGUGCCAUUCAGAGGGUGACUGGGCAAGACAAAAUAUUUAAGUGCCUUUGAACGGGGUAUGGUAGUAGGUGCCAGCUGCACCGGUUUGUGCCAAGACCUGCAACGCUACUGGGUUUUUCAUGCUCAACAGUUUCCCAUAUGUAUCAAGAAUGGUCCACCACCCAAAGGACAUCCAGCCAACUUGACACAACUGUGGGAAGCAUUGGAGUCAACAUGAGCCAGCAUCCCUGUGGAAUGCUUUCAACACCUUGCAGAGUCCAUACCCCAAUGAAUUGAGGCUGUUCUGAGGGCAAAAGGCAGGGGGUGCAACUCUCGAUAUUAGGAAGGAGUUCCUAAUGUUUUGUAUACUCUGUGGAAAUCACGUUUUUGACUGCACUGCCCCUUUAAACUAAAUCACAUUCUCUGAGCAAUUGUAUUAGUGUACUAUAAAAUAAUUGUACAAAAAAAAUGUUGCAUACAAUAUAGCUCAGUAUUUGUAUCAUUUAUUUUAUACAGUCUUCUUUGCUCAUCUUUAUCAAGGGUGCCAAUAAUUAUGGACCUGACUGUAUUCUAUAGUAGCCCAUACUAUAUUGGUAAGUCUUCAUAUUUGACUCUAUAGGUGACUGGUCAGUGCCAGUGUCAUACUGAGUUUGGAGGCAGACAGUGUGAUGAGUGUGGGGAGAAUCACUUUGGGAACCCUGACCUGCAGUGUGUCUGUAAGUUGUGGCCGAAAGUGAUUAUUGAUGAUGGCUAAGUAUUGGGUAUUUUAGUUUCUAGCACCACAAAGAGAGACAAUGGUGUUUCACCGUAAAAGAAGAAUGAUUGACACUUGUCCCUUCCCUUCUUAUCCUGUCUCCAUAGCCUGUGAUUGUAACAUGGAGGGUACCGACCGCCCCGCCUGUGACCCAUUGACUGGUGAGUGUCUGUGCCGCAUUGGUGUGAUGGGCAUCUUCUGUGACGAGUGUGCCCCUGGGUAUGACCAAGUCUUCCCCGCCUGCACCCCGUGCCACCCCUGUGCCGUCCUGUGGGCGGACAACGUCACCGAUGUCCACCGUGCCGCCCAGAGGAUGCGCACCUUCAUCCCUCACCACAGCGAGCAGCUAGAAUCUGGACACAGUCGUCAGUGGCAACGAAUGCUGGAGAUGCACUCCAAGCUGGACUAUUUGGUGAACCUGACAGAGAGCUCUUUACCUCGGGUGAAAGACGUGGAGAAGCUGUCUGUCAGAAUCUCGUAUGUAAACAACAAUCUCUCACUUUUUUCCUUUCUGAAUAUUAUUGUUCAACAGUUUGUAUUUGUAUUUAUUAGGGAUCCCCAGCUACUAUUCCUGGGGUCCACACAUAUUAAAGCACUUACAUUACAUAUAAAACAAAAGAUAAAACAGUACAUCAUAUAAAAUUAUUACACCACUACAUAUCCACAAUACAAAAUGUAUAAUACCAUCAUACAACAAUAUCACAAUGUAUGCGUGUUUCUGUACCUUCACAGUCCCCGCUGUUCCAUAAGGUGUAUUUUUACCUGUUUUUAAAAAUCUGAUUAUACUGCUUGCAUCAGUUACCUGAUGUGGAAUAGAGUUCCAUGUAUUCAUGGCUCUAUGUAGUACUGUGCGCCUCCCAUAGUCUGUUCUGGACUUGUGAAGAGACCUCUGGUGGCAUGUCUUGUGGGGUAUGCAUGGGUGUCCGAGCUGUGUGCUAGUAUUUUAAACAGACAGCUCAGUACAUUCAGCUUGUCAACACCUCUUAAAAAAACAAGUAGUGAUGAAGUCAAUCUCUCUUCCACUUUGAGCCAUGAGAGACUGACAUGCAUGUCAUUAAUGUUAGCUCUCUGUGUACUUUUAAGGGGCAGCCCUGCAGCCCUGUUCUGAGCCAACUGCAAUUUCCCUAAGUCCCUCUUUGUGGCACCUGACCACACUACUAAACAGUAGUCUAGGUGUGACAAAACUAGGGCCUGUAGGACCUGCCUUGUUGAUAUUGUUGUUAAGAAGGCAGAGCAGCGCUUUAUUAUCGACAGACUUCUCCCCAUCUUAGCUACUGUUGUAUCAAUAUGUUUUGACCAUGACAGUUUACAAUCCAGGGCUACUCCAAGCAGUUUAGUCACCUCAACAUGCUCAAUUAUAUAUUACAUUAUUCAUUAUGAGAUGUAGUUGAGGUUUAGGAUUUAGUGAAUGAUUUGUCCCAAAUACAAUGCUUUUAGUUUUAGAAAUAUUUAGGACUAACUUAUUCCUUGCCACCCAUUCUGAAACUAACUGCAGCUCUUUGUUAACUAUUGCAGUAAUUUUAGUUGCUGUAGUAGCUGACGUGUAUAGUGUUGAGUCAUCUGCAUACAUAGACACACUGGCUUUACUCAAAGCCAGUGGCAUGUCACCAGUAAAGAUUGAAAAAAGUAAGGGGCAUAGACAGCUGCCCUGGGGAAUUCCUGAUUCUACCUGGAUUAUGUUGGAGAGGCUUCCAUUAAAGAACACCCUCUGUGUUCUGUUAAAGUAACUCUUUAUCCACAUUAUAGCAGGGAGUGUAAAGCCAUAACACAUACGUUUUUCCAGCAGCAGACUAUGAUUGAUAAUGUCAAAAGCCGCACUGAAGUCUAACAAAACAGCCCCCACAAACAUUUUAUCAUCACUUUCUCUCAGCCAAUCAUCAGUCAUUUGUGUAAGUUGAACCAUGAGGUGAAGUGAUUUACACUAUAUGUUGGCAGUAACCUUGGAGCUGUACACAUUUUCCUUCCUCACAGGAAGCUCAAAGACACAAUAGACCCCAACGCCAUCAUCAUGGACUCAUCAUCUCUUCUGAACACUGAGAUCGACAACAUCCACCAUGAGUUCAAGAUGCUGUUGGAUAACUUAAGGAACAAAAUCAGCGAGGUGCCAACACUAGAUCCAAAGGAAAUGCAGGGUACAUAUGGCCAUAUUGUUCUUUAAAAAAAUUGAAUUCACUGUAACUUCACUGUGUGUAGAGAGCAACUCUAUAUAAUGUAAUUGAUCAAAUGUAAAGUGUGUUUCUGACUUGUGUGGACUUUUAUUUUGAUGCUGAUCCAGAGGCCCUGGAGAAGAUCCGGAAGCUGCAUGCAGACUUCAUGGCUGAAGAGAAGAAGGUGAAGGAUGCCGAGAGGGCCCUGGAGAACUCCAUGGACACACGGCAGGAGGUCAAAGACCAUCUGUCCAGCUGCAUCAUCUUGGGAGACAUGGAGGUGCUGGAGAAGAAUGUCAAGGCUCUGAGUGUGGCCAAACUCAACAAAAACGUGAGUGUCCCUUAUAGUAGUGCUUGCACUGCAUGCAUCAAAAGAGUGAUGUGUUAGCGUGAAUGGCAGUCUGUUUCAAUUGUCGCCAGCACCAUGUUGGUAGUCAGCCAUGGAAAUAUUCGGAUAUAAACCAUGUUACACUCUUUGGCUCCUCCUAGAUCUGUGGAGCGCCAGGCGAUGAGGAAUGCUCUAAAUCAGAGUGUGGGGGUGCGCUGUGUCGAGACUUCCUGGGACAGAGAGAAUGUGGGGGUCCUACAUGCAAGGGCAGCGUCCCUGUGAGCCACAACGCCACAGAAACAGCUGAGCAAGUAGAGAAUGACCUUAUCGACCUGCUCCAAAAACUAGGGGACUCCAAGAUCAAGGCAUGUUCCCAAGGAAAACUCUACAGAUGUAUUACUUUAUUUUUGCUUUCAAAUGAAAGAGUGUAUGACACAAGUCUCAAUUUAUCCUGUUCAGAUCGAUGAGGCCAAACAGAUGACCCAAGGCACCCAUGAGCAGGCAGAGAAGCUACAGAAGAAGAUCACUGACAGCAAGAAGAAGUUUAACAGGGAGAAGAACGACACCAAGGACCUCAUCAAUAGGGUCAAAGACUACCUCACAGGUCGGCUGGAUAUAAGCUUGAAAUGUCCAUGUAAAGAUCCCUUAAAAACGUGAUUUGUUGACUUGACUUGUGUGGCUGACUUCUCUGCUAACAGAUGAUAUGGUGGCACCAGAGGACAUAGAGAAUUUGGUCAAUGCUGUUCUGGCCUUCCAGCUGCCGGGCUCUCCGGACGACAUCCGCUCCAUGAUCCAGAACAUCCGGGGCGUGCUGACCAACUUCACUGAGUUCAAGGACGAUCUGAAAAAACUGAAGGACCAAGCCAAGACAGCCCAGGACCUGCUGGAGAAAGCUCAAGAUAUCAGGUUAGCCAGUACCAUAUGUUUUAUAUGCGUAGCUGUCACUUUGUAUAAACCAGCAUGCUAAAUGACCAUAUUUGUACCAUGGUUGUCAAUGUGUUAGGGACAGAACCAAGGGUAUUGAUGUUACGGAUAUCAAGAAAACCAUGGCGGACACUGAGAAUACACAGGACAAGGUUGAGCAAGACCUGGAGAAGGCUAAGGAAAGCAAUGGCAUGGCGGACCAGAUGAUUAAAGAGGUAAUUCUCUCUUAACACCUUCAAACUCUCUCUCGCUCUCUCUCUGUGUCUCUGUCCCUCUACCCAUUCCUGCUUGUGCGUAUUUGUAUUAGUCUAAACAUCCAUCAGACUCUCCACCUCUUCAUCUCGCAGAAGAAAGAAUGUUCUUUCUCAUAACUUGAUGUAUUUGUCAUGGCCCUCAGAUUGAGAAGAAACUGAACAACAUAGAGACUAACUUGAACUCUACUAGAACUCCAGAGAUGCUGGAGGAGAUUGAGGCUCUGAAGAACAAGACAGAGAUGAACAGAGAGCAGGCGGAACAGGCCAAAGCUGAUGCAGAUGCAGCCCUAGGUACCGCUACUGACGCAGAGAAGGUACGUUGUGUCCACUUAAUUACCACUACUCACUUACCACUUUGGUACUAUGUCAUGAUACUGUGAGUAUAAUCCUAAAUAGGUAUGGGGUUUUGUUUUUCUAUGACUUAUUUGCCAGGGGCUUGACAAGGUGAAUGUGCUGUUUGAUAAGCUAAAGAAUGGAAACAUAAACCAGGGCAAUAAUGAAGUGGCCAACGAACGCCUGAAGAACAUUACUAUGGAGGCAGAGAAAAUCGCAAAAUACGUUCAAGAUCAAAUUCAACAAAUUGACGGUAAGUCUCAGGACUUUAAAACAGAGCUAUCCAACUCAUAUCCUGGAGAGCCACUAGGUGUGCAGGCUUUUGUUCCACAUCAGCAGGAACACACCCAUUUCAAAGAAUCCACUAAUCAUGGUCUUCAUUUUCUCUUUGUUGCUUCAGACUUGGAGAAAAAGAUCCAAGACUUAAUCAGAAACAAAGAGGACAAGGCCAAGGAGGUUGCCAUGUUGCUGGAGACGGUAGAAGCCCUCCAAAAGGAGAUUGCUGCGCGUGUGGAUGGGUACAUUAACUGUACCUCCUAAGACCCCAGGUGGAUCAAGAGAUGAUUCAGGGUUCUAUCUUCAAGGGGAUAUACAGGGUCACAGACUUCGAGCAAUUAUUAUAAUGCCGACUUUAUAAGCAUGUCAUUACAGGUGACAUAGGCAGCACUGACAACUUUCUAUAAUACCUGUGUAAUGAUUUUGCUGUCAACUCUGUCAUUUCAAGAGAUUGAAAUUAUAUUCAUGCAUACUGAAAUUUCUCAAUGAAAGAUAUGGGUAAUGGAAUUGACCCCAAACCAUGACCAGGAGUAGUCCAAUAAGCGAAUUGCUAUAAUAAUGAUCUUAUCUUGAGUGUGCGGAAUGGCAUUGAUAUGUAUUAUUUUACAUAUUUAACUUUUAUUUAGCUUCUUCUCUUUAUUUGACUUCACUUAUUGAAGACAUGCUCAAAAGGGUCUGAUUCUGGAACCUGGUCCUAUUCUGAUGCAAUAUCAAAUAUGGGUUCUCUCAGGUUGGAGGAUGUAUUGUGUCAAAUGAAUGUCCUUACAUACUGUUUAUUGCAGCUAGACAGGGAACUUCCCUUCCCUUUCUGCUUUAGCUCGAGUUUUGCGACUGAAUUUGAGUGUAGUUCUCCUAAACCGCCACAUGGAGGCGUUUGGUGAUCAUAAAACUGAGUUGAGAAAGAAGCCUCUUGUAUGCGCAUUCUUUACUGUCUUGUGAUAUGUAUUAUUAUGUUUCAACCUGACCUACUGCUUAAAUGGUCUAAUGUGAAAAAAAGGGGGAAAGCUUUCUUGCUGACCUUUUUCAGGUUUUUAUGCUAUUCUACCUCUAAAUUUUCCCCAAUUAUUUUCCAGUUUGUACCCUGGUCUUUGGUGGAAGUAGAUCUCUUUGUAAGAUUUGACUGGUAUUUCGUGAGCUUGUUAUUGUCCUGAAACGAUGGUGCCCCCAGCCUAGCUGGAGGUGAUGAGAUUCAACACACUAUUAGGUUUGGAAUGGGUCCCAGCUGGGUUUGGAAUGCAUCCAUUUGUCAUUACUCUGGCCCCGGAAUGUUCACUCUCUCUUGCCUUUUGUACAGGUCGGCAUUAAAUGUACAUUGUCCAUUUUGUAAUUGAAGUGUAAAAUCCUAGAUGUCAGUUGCAUUUUAUUUUUAUUUAACCUUUAUUUAACCAGGUAAGCCAGUUGAGAACAAGUUCUCAUUUACAACUGCGACCUGGCCAAGAUAAAACAAAGCAGUGCGAUAAAAACAACAACACAGAGUUACAUAUGGGGUAAAACAAAACAUAAAGUCAAAAAUACAACAGAAAAUAUAUAUACAGUGUGUGCAAAUGUAGCAAGUUAUGGAGGUAAGGCAAUAAAUAGGCCAUAGUGCAAAAUAAUUACAAUUUAGUAUUAACACUGGAAUGAUAGAGGUGCAAGAGAUGAUGUGCAAAUAGAGAUAUUUGCUAAUGAGCAAAAUAAAUAACAAUAUGGGGAUGAGGUAGUUGGGUGGGCUAAAUUCUGAUGUGCCGUGUACAGGUGCAGUGAUCGGUAAAGUGCUCUGAUAACUGAUGCUUAAAGUUAGUGAGGGAGAUAAGAGUCUCCAGCUUCAGAGAUUUUUGCAGUUCGUUCCAGUCAUUGGCAGCAAAGAACUGGAAGGAAUGGCGGCCAAAGGAGGUGUUGGCUUUGGGGAUGACCAGUGAGAUAUACCUGCUGGAGCGAAUACUACGGGUGGGGGUUGCUAUGGUGACCAAUGAGCUAAAAUAAGACAGGGAUUUGCCUAGCAGUGAUUUAUAGAUGACCUGGAGCCAGUGGGUUUGGCGAUGAAUAUGUAGUGAGGACCAGCCAACAAGAGCGUACAUUAAGCUCCCGCACACACUUUCAGACCCCCCCCCCCCCCUUGCUUUUACUUUCUCUACCUCUCUUUCUCUCUCUCUCUACCUCUUUUACCCUCUCUACUUAUUUAUCUCUCUCUACCUUUUUCCAUCUCAUUGACCAUGUUUUGUGGUGAGGAGAACACACCACUUACUACUAAUGUAAUUUCCAUCCAGCUGUUAAUGGUUAAGUGCCAUGUUUGUUUUGCUUCAGUAAGACAUUGUGCUGUAUACAAUUGAACUGAGUUAGCAGCCUUUAUUGCCAGGUUCUAGAUCUGUCUACAGUGGGGGAAAAAAGUAUUUAGUCAGCCACCAAUUGUGCAAGUUCUCCCACUUAAAAAGAUGAGAGGCCUGUAAUUUUCAUCAUAGGUACACGUCAACUAUGACAGACAAAAUUAGAAAAAGAAUUCCAGAAAAUCACAUUGUAGGGUUUUUAAUGAAUUUAUUUGCAAAUUAUGGUGGGAAAUAAGUAUUUGGUCACCUACAAACAAGCAAGAUUUCUGGCUCUCACAGACCUGUAACUUCUUCUUUAAGAGGCUCCUCUGUCCUCCACUCGUUACCUGUAUUAAUGGCACCUGUUUGAACUUGUUAUCAGUAUAAAAGACACCUGUCCACAACCAGGCUGGGAAGACUGAAUCUGCAAUAGGUAAGCAGCUUGGUUUGAAGAAAUCAACUGUGGGAGCAAUUAUUAGGAAAUGGAAGACAUACAAGACCACUGAUAAUCUCCCUCGAUCUGGGGCUCCACGCAAGAUCUCACCCCGUGGGGUCAAAAUGAUCACAAGAACGGUGAGCAAAAAUUCCAGAACCACACGGGGGGACCUAGUGAAUGACCUGCAGAGAGCUGGGACCAAAGUAACAAAGCCUACCAUCAGUAACACACUACGCCGCCAGGGACUCAAAUCCUGCAGUGCCAGACGUGUCCCCCUGCUUAAGCCAGUACAUGUCCAGGCCCGUCUGAAGUUUGCUAGAGUGCAUUUGGAUGAUCCAGAAGAGGAUUGGGAGAAUGUCAUAUGGUCAGAUGAAACCAAAAUAGAACUUUUUGGUAAAAACUCAACUCGUCAUGUUUGGAGGACAAAGAAUGCUGAGUUGCAUCCAAAGAACACCAUACCUACUGUGAAGCAUGGGGGUGGAAACAUCAUGCUUUGGGGCUGUUUUUCUGCAAAGGGACCAGGACGACUGAUCCGUGUAAAGGAAAGAAUGAAUGGGGCCAUGUAUCGUGAGAUUUUGAGUGAAAACCUCCUUCCAUCAGCAAUGAAACGUGGCUGGGUCUUUCAGCAUGACAAUGAUCCCAAACACACUGCUCCGGGCAACGAAGGAGUGGCUUCGUAAGAAGCAUUUCAAGGUCCUGGAGUGGCCUAGCCAGUCUCCAGAUCUCAACCCCAUAGAAAAUCUUUGGAGGGAGUUGAAAGUCCGUGUUGCCCAGCGACAGCCCCAAAACAUCACUGCUCUAGAGGAGAUCUGCAUGGAGGAAUGGGCCAAAAUACCAGCAACAGUGUGUGAAAACCUUGUGAAGACUUACAGAAAACGUUUGACCUGCGUCAUUGCCAACAAAGUGUAUAUAACAAAGUAUUGAGAAACUUUUGUUAUUGACCAAAUUCUUAUUUUCCACCAUAAUUUGCAAAUAAAUUCAUUAAAAAUCCUACAAUGUGAUUUUCUGUAUUUUCUUUCUGAUUUUGUCUGUCAUAGUUGACGUGUACCUAUGAUGAAAAGUAUAGGCCUCUCUCAUCUUUUUAAGUGGGAGAACUUGCACAAUUGGUGGCUGACUAAAUACUUUCCCCCCCCACUGAAUGCUUUAGCCACUCGUCUGACUGGCAGACUAAUAACACGACAGAGAGGUGUUGGCUAAUAAAGCAUAAACAGAUCUAGAGCCAGCCUACAGUAUUUACAUAGUAGCAUUGAAUUAUACUUUUCUCCCAAAAGUCAAUGAAGUUUUAGAAUGUGGGUAUGAAAUAAAACCGGGUACCUCACAGGUAGAAGAUAGAUGGCUUUUCAUCAAAGUAAAUGUGUGGACAUGGACAGAAGGCGUGUGAACAAUUGCUAGGGCUAUUGUUUGCUCAAAUCCUAGUGACUGGUGAGUUCCAUCCCAUUCCCCCCAGGGCACAGUUAGUCCACUCACCCCCAAGAAUGUGUCACAGACUGGGGUCUGAAUCCCCUCGCUGCCCCAUGGUUGUGUUUUUAGACGGGAGGAAUUCACAGACCACUGAUUGCUCUGCCUAAUUAAAGGUUGCCACUGGUUUGUGUGAUGCAGCUAAUUACAGAAGAGGGAGAUAGUUAUUUGAGAACCUUUUAAACCUUUGAGGUUUUUGGUUGCGUUUGUCUGUUCUUGAAUGGACAGAUUGUGGUAUGUUUAACCUGUCAGUGGUAUUUCUUACCAUGGAUUAUUAGGAAUUCGUUCAGAAUGAGAGAUUGAGAUCACUAUAUUAGCCUAAUUUAACGAAGGCCUACAUUUAUUUUUGCAACUGAGGCCCCUUUUCAAGACUAGUCGCUUGUCCCUUGAGGUAGCAUACACCUUUGUUAUUUUCAGCAGUAAAACAAGGAAUGGUUCAACAAUACUACAAGUAUGUCUUCAAAGGCAUGUGAUGGGGUCAAUCAGUUCUUUCUUUCUUUCUUUCUUUAAUAUGCUCAGUGGAUGUGAACAUGGUCUAGUUUCUCUGACUCAAAAAUCUUAUUGAAUCUGUUCCCACAGUCCCCCUCUGUCUUCUCACAGAUAAUUGAAUUAGGACAUCCGGCCUGUUUCUUCUCCAGCUAUCUGAGCUUGUGCUGCCACACACUGUGUCAUAUAAUUACGGUGGUAGGUUAUUCACUGUAGGUGAUAGUUCAGUCUUUGGUGCUAAUCUGUCAUUACCAACAACUGUACAGGAAAGUUGCAAGGAAAAACGCUACAAUUUGAAAUUCAAUGGAUAGCUCCAAUAACAGGGUAAUAAGUGGUGGUACAUGCUUUUGAUUUCCGCUUGGUGGAGGGAAAAUCACUGUUCAAGGCUCUCUUUACCUAAUUUCCCUUUAGUACAAUAAAUUAGUAGCAUGGCUUCAGUACCUAGAUGUACCCCUGGUUUACCUGUGCCUAGGGACAUUGGGUAGCUUCCUGCCUUGGUGGAGGAAUGUCCUUUGUUCUAGAUGAGUAGGUAGGUAUAAGUGGGUGGGGGUGGUAUCUGAGAGAGGACCAUUUUACAAUCACAUAAGAUGUGUGUGUGUGUGUUUUGAAAGUUCUCUCAAUGUGUGCAGAGUGAGAUGCUGUCAACAUGAUCCUUCUGCUCCAAAUAAUCUGUCACAUUUGAGAUAAGCCCACAGGUAGGCCUAAUGAUUUAACUCUUAUGGAAUUGGUAGUUAAACAUAUAUUACAAGUUGAUGAGCACUUGGACCUUGGUGGUUUUUACUUUAUUGACUUUAAUUGAAUUAUCGAAUAGGGGGAGGUCUAGUUACACCCUGUGCGCAUGCUUGAGGAGUUAGCUCAGUCUUGUGGCAAGUUGAGUAGAGCAGUGCGGUAGCGCGACAAGAAAAAGGGUGGGGCGCAAACCACUACUAUAAGGAACCACACACAGUCCCACUGAGAGUACUCGCAACAGAAGAGAAGAGGUGGAAAUACCAACAAAAAUGUUGAUAUUUCAAAUUGCGACCAUGCUAUGUAAGUUUUUUAUUUACAUUUUUUACAUAUAUAUAUAUUUUUAAAUUCUGUAGAACGCAUGGCCAACAUUGAGUCAACUGAAAGAACAUAACCUUGCAAGUAAUUAAUAAAAUACUGUAUAUUCCCAUAGGGACAUUAGUUCUUAUAAGGUUUGAAUAGUAAACGUUUCAUAAUUUGAUUCAUGUUACUUUGAAGUAGUUUGGCUUUUUGUUUUACUGUGAACCAUCUUGUUCUUGUUAUAAACUCAGCACGAGUCAAUUAAAGAACUUAGGCAUGCGACAUUAAUAUAGCCUAAAUCAAAGGCUCAUAGGCUUGUGUUUAAAAAAACAACCUGCCCUGAAUAAAUUCCGUUCUUUAAAUCUGCAUCCUCUUUGCCUAGCCGCAGGGGCGUGCGUCCUUGCCCAGGUAGGCAUACCCGAGUUCAGCGAUGUAUGCACUGAGGGGAGCUGCUACCCGGCUACGGGAGACCUUCUCAUUGGCAGAGCCCACCAACUCUCCACCAACUCCACAUGCGGCCUUCACCGGCCCGAACAGUUCUGUAUCGUCAGUCAUUUACAGGUAAAUGCGCCUGGCACAAUAAAUACCGCAUUUGAACUAGGCCCAAUAUGUUAUUAUAGGCCUAUAGUCUUCAUUAACUCUAGGCUUUUAAUCAUACUAAUAUUGUUAUGACAAGUUGGCCACUGUAAAAACCUAAUACAAUAAGACUCACGGUGGUGCUGUUAUCAAAAGGCUCCGUUAUUGUUACAGUGGCACCAGUGCGUUAAAGUUAGCCUGGCUAGUAGCUACCGAUAUUCGUCAUAAGCAAGCUCUCUGAUUUGUGGUGUCUCCCAUUCAUGCCUGUAGUAGCGAAUUCACAGGUUUCAGAUGCAUUGUAUUAGGUUAUCGCUCUCAGUCUCACUUUUGAAUAGAAAAACAACAACAUUGGAUGUUCUAAGUCCACUGCAAUGCUUAAACCACAUCAGGGGACCACUUUUGAGAUCUGAGAAAAAUCAAAUAAUUUAAAAAAAAUGGUUUAGUUAACCUUUAAUUCAAGUGUGCAGGCACCUAGCACUGUUGUUUGGUUCGCUUGUUUCUGUAGUGCAAGAGAUGGAGUUUGCUAAACAAAUGGCCACUGGAUUGAUGCAAAUAAUCAUGAUAUCAUUCUGCCAGGUAGUCAUAGGCUACUUUGUAGCUAGUUAACAUUUAAUUGAGAAGAUUUUUGACAAAGCCUUUCCAUCUACCAGAAGAUGGUUAGGUCUAUCAUUAUCAUCGCUAUAUUUUUCCUGUUCGUUGAUUGUUUGAAACAUGGACAUUUUAGUUCAUAUUAUGAGGCAUUUCUUACCUUGCUUCAAAGUAGCGUAGCCAAGAUCCCACCAUAGAAACAUCAUAUGCACUCUCCUAUUCUAUUGGUUUUCAAAUCAACUUUCUUUCAUUGUCUAGCAGCUAAAGGCAUUAUCCUAGUCAUAUUAGCAACCCAUUAUAGUUGUUGCAUCUUUAGAUCUCUCCUCUUCCUAAAUUUCUAACGGAUAUUUCCAUCUCUGUCCAUGGAACCGCUCGCAUGUGCAGUAUGCAUUUUAGAACAAUGUUUUCCCACAAAUUGCAUUUUGGAACAUUCACAUGUAGGCCUACCGCCGUGUGCACUUUACUGAAAACAUAAUAGUUUAUCACCAUGUUAAGCUAAACAUUCUGAUCUGUUCCAUCAGCCUUAUCAAUUAAUAUGGCCUAUACCUCCACUACACUACUUUGAUAUGCAUCGUGGGGAUUAAGAAGUGAGUAUACUCAAUGCCAACUGCGUAUACCAUACACUACACCACUGGAGAUAAGCAAUACAUAGAUAGGAUACAUAUUAAGCGUUCUUGGAAUUGCUAAUCCGGGGGAGUUUACUCUUGUGAAUGGGAAAGAUAGUUUUGACAGCCUACCUUUUGAAAAUUAGUGAUGAGAGUAAAAUAGUGCUACAUUAAUUGUCUUGCCUGCCUGGAGGGGGAAUUAGUCUGGGCUACCAAUUAAAAAAGAAACAAAGUGCAAAAAGGCACAAAAUAGGCUUGUGGUUAACUCAUAAUUAAACAUUACCCACUGGGCACACCACGUCAUUUCAGUGUGGACAUUUGGGUAAUAUUUGUUUUAGACGUUGAUCAAUGAGAUUUCAACCUUUGUUCACCCACUCAAAAAGACAGCCAAAAGUUUGUUGAAUUCCCAAAGUGUUAUCACUAUGCUUUCAACAAUCUAAAAGCACAACCAAAUUCCAAUGGAAAAACAAUGUCUGAUCUUUGGUUUAGUUGUCAUCUAAAUGUGUUCUCACUGCGAUUUCAAACUUUUAAAAGCACAACAAAGUUCAAAUGGGAAUGCAAUGUCAGAUAUUUGGUAUUUACAGUGCAUUCGGAAAGUAUUCAGACCCCUUCACUUUUUCCACAUUUAGUUACGUUACGGCCUUAUUCUAAAAUUGAUUAAAUUGUUUUUUUCCUCAUCAAUCUACACACAAUACCCCAUAAUGCCUCGAGUCUUCUUGGGUAUGACGCUCCAGAGAUGUUCGAUCGGGUUCAAGUCCGGGCUCUGGCUGGACACUCAAGGACAUUCGGAGACUUGUUCCGAAGCCACUCCUGCGUUGUCUUGGCUGUGUGCUUAGGGUCGUUGUCCUGUUGGAAGGUGAACCAACGCCCCAGUCUGAGGUCCCGAGCGCUCUGGAGCAGGUUUACAUUGAGGAUCUCUCUGUACUUUUCUCCGUUCAUCUUUCCCUCAAUCCUGACUAGUCUCCCAGUCCCUGCCGCUGAAAAACAUCCCCACAGCAUGUUACUGCCACCACCAUGCUUCACUGGCACCACUGUAGGGAUGGUGCCAGGUUUCUUCCAGACGUGACGCUUGGAAUUCAGGCCAAAGUGUUCAAUCUUGGUUUCAUCAGACCAGAGAAUCUUGUUUCUCAUGGUCUGAGAGUCCUUUAGGUGCCUUUUGGCAAACUUCAAGCGUGCUGUCAUGUGGUUUUUCAUGAGGAGUGGCUUCCGUCUGGCCAUUCUACCAUAAAGGCCGGAUUGGUGGAGUGCUGCAGAGAUGGUUGUCCUUCUGGAAGAUUUGCCCAUCUCCACAGAAGAACCAUCAGGUUCUUGGUCACCGCCCUGACCAAGGCCUCUCUCCCCUGAUUGCUCAGUUUUGCCGGGCGGCCAGCUCUAGGAAGAGUCUUGGUGGUUCCAAACUUCUUCCAUUUAAGAAUGAUGGAGGCCACUGUGUUCUUGGGGACCUUCAAUGCUGCAGAUAUUUUUUGGUACCAUUCCCCAGAUCUGUGCCUCGACACAAUCCUGUCUCGGAGCUCUACGGACAAUUCCUUCGACCUCAUGGCUUGGUUUUUACUCUGACAUGCACUGUAAACUGUGGGACCUUAUAUAGAGAGGUGUGUGCCUUUCCGAAUCAUGUCCAAUCAAUUGAAUUUACCACAGGUGGACUCCAAUCGAGUUGUAGAAACAUCUCAAGGAUGAUCAAUGGAAACAGGAUGCACCUGAGUUCAAUUUCGAGUCUCAUAGCAAAGGGUCUGAAUACUUAUGUUUUUAUUUUUAAUAAAUUUGCAUACAUUUCUAAAAACCAGUUUUCACUUUGUCAUUAUGGGGUAUUGGGUGUAGAUUGAUGAGGACAUUUAGAAUAAGGCUGUAACGUAACAAAAUGUAGAAAAAGUGAAGGGGUCUGAAUACUUUCCGAAUGGACUGUGUGCAACAACUUAAUGUGUUAUCACUGUGCUUUAUCCAAUAGCACAACCAAAUGACCUGGAUUGCAGUUGAGAUUACAUUAAAAGUACAUAGUGCAAGUUAUCAGGGCUGUUCGAGAUUCUGCGCAUACUAAAAUAGCAAUUGUGAAGAUCUCAACAGACCUGCGACCUUUGCAUGCUAUCUUGAACAUGCACACUUUAUAUGAUUACAUAAGACAUUUACAGUAACCUCAAAAUGUGGCCAUGGAUGUGUUACUUAUUUUAAGGUUGAAUAAAUACUGUUAUAUUAGUUUGUAAGAUAGCCUUAACAUUAGGCUAUUUACUGUAUUACAAAAGUAAUAUUGAAUUGUGUUUGGUUGAAAACGCAACCAAAUAUCAACAUUUAAAGGAGAGGAAUCCAAUGCUUGAAUAGUUUCAUCUGAGCCACUGGCUUAUAUUCAUUAACUUAGAUCUUUGGUUGAGAUGAAGACAUGAAUCCAACAUAUCAAUUAUUAAUUUGUAGACAAACUGGAAUUAAAGCCAAACUGGAAUUAAAGUCAGUGGCACCGAUAGAGCUGCCCAAGCAAAAGAUAGCCUACAUGUCCUUCAAAUGUUGAUAUUUGGUUGCGCUGACAACCAAACACAAUUCAAUAUCCAGUUUGUCUACAAAUGUAUAAUUGAUAUGUUGAAUGAAUAGGACCAAAUCAAACCUUAAAUGCACUUUUAAAUAAAGUUUGAUUUGAUUUAGUCCUAUUCUUUAACUUAGAUUUUUGGUUGCGAUGGAAACAUGAAUCCAACAUAUUAAUUAUUAACUUGAAGAUUACAUUUUAAAUCAAUCAAAGCUUGAAACCCGAGGCCUAUAUGUAUUGUCAAUUUUUAUUUGAACUCCUGGGUUUAAUUGAAACAAUAGCUGUUGAUGACAUUGCAAAUCCCUUGUCUGUUGGGGGUGGAAUAUAUCAAUUGUAUAUAUUCCAAAUAUCCCUUUUGCUUUUAUUUUCAAUACUUCCUUUCAGAUAUGUUUUUUUUUAAACUCCUGCUUUCUCAAUGUGAGCGUAGGAGUGGGAGAGAUGUUUGGGAUUCGGGAAGGAUUGGUUUGGGAGGCUUAAAUAAUAUCAUUGAUGAUAUACUGUAUGACAUAUAAAGUUUGGUUACAUUUCAUUUGCUCUGUUAAACCUACCCUUUGGAAUGACUUUGAUAGCAACAGUGAAUCUAUUUAGUAUUAAGAGAUCUUUCAAAAAUCAUUCUCACGCUAUCACGUUGGUUGUAGUCAGUGACAAAUCCCAAAGCUAAGCAGGGCUGGGCUUGGUUAAAACCCUGGAUGGGAGACCAAAUGGAUAGCUGUAGAUAGAUCAACUCUCCAGUAGGAGGUGCUGUACAGCCUAUAGUAUUUUUUUUCUGAUAGUGGAUAUAGCAUUGAAGAUCUGAAAUUGUUUUAAAGGUACAGAUUCCACAUAUUUUAUACAAGUAUUGUCUAUGUUGAAAAUUGGUUACCAUGAUGGCAUAAUCCUGUGGUUGAAAUUUCACCUUCAAUGUAUUUUCCACGUAGAUUCCAUGUCACAAUACAAAUUACAUUGAAACAAUGUUGAUUCAACUAGUUUGUGCCCAGUGGGUAAUUACAGCAUCACACAUUAAAUUAUAACAUUGUUUCAUUUUCUCAGUAAGAAAAGCUCCCCUAUUUAUUUAAUGGAGAAUAAAUUCAUUCUAAAAAUUAAAAUGCUCUUGCCGUGGUCAAUUUGGCAUUCAGAUUUUAUAAUAAUCACUGUAAGGUUUACAGUCAAUCCCUUGUCUGUUGGGGGUGGAAUAUAUAAAUUGUAUAUAUUCCAAAUAUCCCUUUUGCUUUUAUUUUCAAUACUUCCUUUCAGAUAUGUUUUUUUAAAACUCCUGCUUUCUCAAUGUGAGCGUAGGAGUGGGAGAGAUGUUUGGGAUUUGGGAAGGAUUGGUUUGGGAGUCGCACAACCCUCUGAGUUGUCUAGACCACUUCCUGGCUCAGUCACACAACCACACUAGAAGCAUUAUUGAGGUUCCGACCAACAAAAUAGUUUUGAAAGUGGCUGUGCCAGCAGCUUGGACGCAUGGGGGCUCAUUGUAGCUUACUUACACAGACAUUCCACGGCUAGAGAUAUCUAAACUCUCAAACACCCGUCUUUGUAGUCAAAGCUCUUGGACACUUGAGAAGCCACCAUCAAAGACUUUUGUUCUCCCUUACAUAAAAAGACAGACCAUACCUUGUUUGAGAAAUCAUCCUAUUUUAUCAGCUUUGUAGAUUAAACCCGCAUCGGUCUGUAUUGUAUCCUCCUAUAUCCAAUGUACUACUUGUGAAUACUUUCAUAAUGUGUUGAGCAUCUAUUUAAAGUAUGGUAUGUCCUGAGCAUGCAAAAGUUUUAAGAUUGAAAUCUAAUGUAAUAAAAUGUAUUUAAUUUAUGUCACCAAUAAAGCAGAGAGACCAGAUUGUGAUCCAACUGGGUCCUAGAGAGGGUGGUGGUUACAUUUCUUAUCUAUAUGUACUGUAAUUUUAAAUUCUAGUGUGUGGCUGUGGGCACACUGUUUCAUGGUCUGGAUGUAUAGAAGGUUUAGAAUAUUGUAAAGUUGUUUAUUUUGAAGGGAAGUGGUGAAAAGACGCUGGAAAGAAAUUCAGAUGGUGCUGAAUUUGAACCCUUAAGCGUGUGUACACAUUCACAAGCACACACACACACACAACCACCACACAAUGUGUGUCUUCUGAACAUCUGGUGGCCAAAUGAAGCCUACACUGUCAGCAGCCUCAGAUAAGCAUUCGCUGAUGAGACCAGGGCAAGAUAGGCUACUAAUUUUAAAGUAGUUAAGGGCCUAUUUGGCGCAAUCACUAAUUUCAGCAUCUAUACCUACUCUUGAUAAAAUAACCCAUUUUCAUUCACUUCUGUAUGAAUGGGCUUUUCAAAGAUGUUCCUUAUCUGUCCCCCUGAUUGGGAGAAAUCUGCUUGGUAUCCCAAGAAUCACACUGACAUUUUCAUCUUUCUCUCUUUCUCCCAAUCCCCACGGUCUCUUCAGGAUGAGAAGAAAUGCUUUUUGUGUGACUCCACCGACGUCUACGUCAAAAGCAUGGUGGACACCACCACCGGCCACCGGGUGGAGAACGUCGUGACCACAUUCGCCCCCAACCGCUUGAAAACCUGGUGGCAGUCAGAGAAUGGUGAGUUCUCGUGGGGAAAAAAGGUGGAGGGCUAGUAAGCAGGGGAGUUCAAUUAAAGGUGACUCUCUCCCACUCCCGCAUCUUGGCAUAUUUUCACCCUCCAAUCCCUUAGCUAACCCCUUUAAUCAAUGUGAGGGAAGACUUCAAAGAGAAAGCAGUAAUGGCUGACUUAGAUUAUGACUUUGUAAUAACAGGAUGAACCCAUUGGGAAUGAUUACCUAGGUGGCCGUUGGAUGACACCCCGUGUACACCAUGUAAUGGAUGUUAAUAAGGCAGUUCUCACUUCUUACUAGGCUUGGGCGGUAUACCGUAUAUAUACAUUACAGUUGAAACUAUAUUAGUUUUUCAAAACAUUUCAAUAUUUGUAGCUACCUUUGAAGUAAAUACCUGCAGUCAACUUGUGCAAUACAUUAGGAGAUAAAGCAGAUCGCGUUGAUCAUUUCAUUAUGAAGCUUACCGUAGUUCCCCAGAACAGUUGAGCCAGUCACGUGUUUGUUUGUGAAUAGCACAACGGGUGAGUCCAGCGGACGGGUUGUGAUUUAUAUUGAAAGUCAACAGUGUUUAAUCAGGGGCAUGCAAGAAUAGUUUUCCUUCACAGACAAUACACUAGUGCAACACAUUAGGCAGAAAAUAUCAUAAUUAUCAUCAUAUGACUUGCUAGUUAUCUAAGUUAGUGGCUGAAUUAAUAAGGUGACGGGGCAUCAUAUAGUUUGAGCUUUCUGCCGUGUUUGAGAAGUCAAAGCCCUUUGGAUGAGUUAUCUGUACAGCUGGCACUGCUGUCUUGAUUCCCUUGUGUUAUUUCUCCUCUCCGUUCUCGGCUCGUCUGCCUGAGCAGAGCAGGCAGGCCCUUUGCCCUAGUGACUCCAGACAUAGUUGUCACACUCUGGCUCUGGGGACUUUAUAUGUUGAGUCAGGGUGUGUAGAUUCCGUGUGUUUAUGUGCUGUGUUUUGAGUGUCUAGUUGUUCUAUGUCUAGGUUGGCCUGAGUGACUCCCAAUCAGAGGCAACGAAUGUCAGCUGUUUGCUGGUUGUCUCUGAUUGGGAGCCAUAUUUAAACUGUCGGUUUUCCUUUGUGUUUUGUGGGUUCUUGUUUCAAGUUGGUUGUGUUAUACCGUGUACUGUCACGUUUCCGUCUUUUGUUGUUUUGUUCGCGUUUCGCUCAAUAAAUGAGUAUGUUUGCCUGCAACGCUGCGCCUUGGUCCUCAUCUUUGGUAGACGACCGUGACAGAAGAACCCACCAAAACUGGACCAAGCAGCGAGUCGAGGAGCCAUCGCCAGGGAGAUCCCUAGCAGAUCUCCGUGGCAGCCUCGACUGGGUCAAGCCGAGGGAGGAGCAGAGAGAGUGGACGUGGGAACAAUGGAGGAAGAGCCUCGACUGGGUCAAGCCCAUUGAGGAGCUGAAUAGCGGGAGUUGGAAGCAGAGGAGUGAGAGUUGGGCGAGAAAUAUAGAGGCCUGGCCCACAGGGAGGAGAGAACCCCAGAAAAUUUUUAGGGGGGGGCUCACGACGUGGACGACGGGGCAGCAAGAGGCCGCGAUGGAGCGGUCCAGCGGGUGUGCAGAGGAGGCCGCCAGGUUAAGGGGGCCACUGGUCACAGAGGAGAGGGAAAAUGUGGAGGCACGGCGAGAGGUACUGGGGUGUGUUACCAGUCCGUUCCGGCCCGUUCCUGAUCCCUGCGUAGAGCCAGUGGUGUGUGUCCCCAGUACGGUCCGGCCUGUUCCUGUUCCUCGCAUCGAGCCUGUGGUGCGUGUCGUCAGCCCGGCCCGGCCUGUUCCUGCUCCCCGCACCGAGCCUAUGGUGCGCUUCGUCAGCCCUGUCCGGCCUGUUCCUGCUCCCCGCACAAAGUCUGUGGUGCGUUUCGCCAGCCCAGUCCGGCCCAUUCCUGCUCCCCGCACCAAGUCUGUGGUGCGUUUCGUCAGCCCUGUCCGGCCCGCUCCUGCGCUCCACACCAGGCCAGUGGUGUGCGUCGUCAGUCCGGUGAGGCCCGUUCCGGCUCCACGCAUCAAGCCUGGGGUGCGCAUCGCCAGCCAGGUCCGGUCCGUUCCUGCCUCACGCGCCAAGCCAGGGGUGCGCGUCGUCAGUCCGGUGCCUGAUCAGGUACUGGUCAGCUGCUCCACAACGGAGCUUAAGCAAUCCGCUCCGUCGAUGUCCAGUCCUGAUCCAGUCAGCGGGGUCAGACCGGACCAGGGGCGCUACGGGAGGAUUAUGGAGGGGUGGUGGUCAAGCCCGGAGCCGGAGCCGCCUCCGAGGAGGAAUGCCCACCCAGCCCUCCCCUGUUUGGGGUUUUUGUUGAGGCGCGGUCGCAGUCCGCGCCUUUGGGGGGGGGUACUGUCACACUCUGGCUCUGGGGACUUUAUAUGUUGAGUCAGGGUGUGUAGAUUCCGUGUGUUUAUGUGCUGUGUUUUGAGUGUCUAGUUGUUCUAUGUCUAGGUUGGCCUGAGUGACUCCCAAUCAGAGGCAACGAGUGUCAGCUGUUUGCUGGUUGUCUCUGAUUGGGAGCCAUAUUUAAACUGUCGGUUUUCCUUUGUGUUUUGUGGGUUCUUGUUUCAAGUUGGUUGUGUUAUACCGUGUACUGUCACGUUUCCGUCUUUUGUUGUUUUGUUCGCGUUUCGCUCAAUAAAUGAGUAUGUUUGCCUGCAACGCUGCGCCUUGGUCCUCAUCUUUGGUAGACGACCGUGACAAUAGUGUUUUCACAUGCUGCUCCAGAGCCAGUACUGUUCUUCCUUCAGACAAGAAUGCAUCAAAACUUUGUUCAUUUGCACAAUGUCUCUCGUUCACAUUCGCUUGUAAAGGUCCAAACUCACCAACAAUUACAUUUGGUAGCUCUUACCUAUAUAUGUGUAACUUUAUGAGCUGGAUUGCCUGUCCUUGCAGUUUGUUUAUUUUCGUUUGCGCUCGUUAGCAUAUUUAGCUAGCAGCCUCCAUGGAAAUGUGCUAUUACUUGAGGCUAAUUUUGUUAGCAUUCUGGUAAUAGACGAUCAAUGGGCUUUUUUACGUUUUUUGGCUCCGCCUUGUGUACUAAACUGGUAAUAUCAUAAAUCCCAGGAUGUGAGAAGGACAGUAUGACGAAAUGAAAAUCUGGAUACCCUACUUCUUACCAUGUCAUAUGUGAGCAUAAUUACUUUUCAGUUUUGAAGCAUUGUUAAAGUUCCAAUGCAGAAGUUUUUAUCAAAAUAUCAAAUCAUUUCUGGGUAACAAUUAAGUAUCUUACUGUGAUUGUUUUCAAAUAAAAUAGUCAAAAAGUAACAAAAAUAGCUUCUUAUCAAAGCUCAAAUUUUCCUCAUUGGAAAGCAUUGAAGAGAAUUUGAAUUUGAAUUUUUGUGUACUUCCUGAAUUGACUGGAAUUGAAAUUAAAUUGACCCCAACCUUGGUCACCAGGCAGGCCAAAACUCCAUCCCACCAAAACAGGCUGAAAUUACAGGCAGUCUUUUCAAACAGCUCUUACAUUAAAAGGACAUUAACAUCAUUUAACAAUUUCACAGUAUUAUUCCAACCUCAUAGUAUGGAAAUAUAUAUAAAACACAGGAAAAACAUGUUUUUGCCUGCACUUGGCUUUUAAUGAUUACUCAGAGGCCAUGAGCACCUUAAAGGGGCUUUGCAUUCAAAAACGUGAUUUCCCUAUAUUUGAUAUAUAUUUCCACACUAUAAGGUUGUAAUAAUACAGUGAAAAUUCUGAUAAUACCAGGCGGUAUAAGUUAAUAGACCAAUAACAAAGAGAGUUUCAAACCUCUCUGAAAAUAACAGCUAGUUUUCAGGUUACAUAUCCCUCCCAUUAGGCUCCUCCAAUUAGGUCCCUCACUCAGAUCACUGCAAUACAGUUCUAGCAAAAUUCUUGCUUGAGAAAUUGCUUUUUGCUAAGAAGCAUUUUUUAAAAACUUUUUGACCAUUUUAAUUGAAAACAAUCACAGUAAGGUAAUUGCUACCCAGAAAUGAUUUGAUAGUGAAAUAAAAACGGCUGCAUUGGACCUUUUUAAAUAAGAAUGUUGCUAUCCCAAAUACAUCUUGCCUUGAAAGAGUUAACUCCCAAAAAGUGCUGCAAGAAUGUUGGAUCCAGAAAGUUUUCUGAUAGGAGUUUGGGAAUGUUUGGCUGAGGAAAAGCGGUGGGAAUAUUUAUCCGGAAGAGCAGGAAAGAGGUUUAUACUCACCAGUGGAGCGGCCAACUCCACCGAUGGGCCUUGGUAAAGAGGCAGGGAAUUUUCAUUCAUAAUCCAGACAUUACCGUACUAGAUCCACUCCAACACUGGCCAUAUAGGCCCCAGACCAAAGCACAACCCUCUUACGUACAUAAGCACAGAUGAGGUUUUCCCUAAAUUCUACAAUAUAAGAUGGUGCAAUAUAAGAUGGUACAAAAACGUAGUUAGAAAAUGCAUUAUUAGUUCUUAGUUUCCCAAUGUUGUUGUACUGCAUACAUUACUUAUAGUCUGUUGAUAAGUUUGAACAUUGUUCGAACAAGUGGGGGCUUGUUCUUGCUCUUAUCAAUCUUUUUGUUAAACAAUAAACAAAGCCACUUAACAUUAGUGUUACCAAAGAAAUAGGGACAUUUGAAACAGUGAAGUUGUUAUUUGCUGCUCAACUGCCUAACGGUUAUGCGUAAAACCCACAGUGUCAUUUUGUGGCAAAGAAGAUGGAUGUCAGGAAUCAGAAGGGCAGCCAAGAGAUUUAUAUCAUAGAAUGGAACCAACCAUGAUUAGACUACGGAGGGAGAGGUGAAGAGUUAAUGCAAGUGUUCUGGUCUAGAGGAAGCACUGGGAAGAGUGGAUAAGUGUUGUGUAGUGUUAACCAUUCCAGAUUUGGAUAUGCUUGGCUCAAGUGGAACCCUGUAAACUCAUUUUUUUGUUUCUCUCUCUCCUUCCUCUCUCUAUCCAUUUCACCCUCUCUGACUUCAUCACUUUGUGCAAUUCUAUCCUUCACUUGCCUUUUGACCCAUUCUCUUCCCUGGCCCCUCUAUCUCUCCCUCCCUCCUCUAUCUCUCCCUCCUCUAUCUCUCCCUCCCUCCCCUUUUCCAUUUUUGGCCACCUCUUUUUUUUAUUUUCCUCUCGGUCUCCUUUUCCUCCUUCUCUCCCCAGGUCUUGAGAAAGUGACCAUCCAGCUGAACUUGGAGGCGGAGUUUCAUUUCACCCACCUCAUCAUGACCUUCAAGGUAACCAAUGGAGAUGCCGGGUCAGAGGGCUCGCUGUGGGGGAGCGUGGGUAGUGUGUAAGGGGAUGCUGGCUGGCCUGUCUACUCUGCAGAUUAGCACAAGGCUUGGCCUGGGAGGUCUCCCACACACAUAUAUCCCCCAGCUGUGUGUGAGCCUGAGGAAUGUGGAACAGACCGCCCACCCGUCUGGGGUUGUUCGUUCCACACAGAUCUAGUCUGUAUCACUUUACUCACAAUUGCAGCUCAUUUAGGCUGUGUAACAGCACUUUUGUAAGAGCGCCAAUAUUGAACUCAACUGUGUCAUCAAUCCUGUGUGACAAAUACAGCUGAAAUACAAAUGUGAGAUCAAGUUCCAGUUAUGAAUAAAUGUAUUGUAACAGACAUUCCCAAUGGGUAGCAGCUUAGGAAGGAUGUAAAGGAACAUGCCAGAAUCUGCCGCUGUUAUCCAUAGAUCUUUCAACAUAAACAUGUUCACAUAGUAUGACUCAACUUUCAUUGUAGUUAUGGUAUAAUAGUAUCUCAUUUUAUUAGAUAAGUUCACACCUGUAUAUCUCGCCUGGCACUCACGUCAUCUUUGAUUACAGCGGAUGAUGUUAGUUUAGAAAAAGUUGGUAAUUUUCCAGAUGUACUCCUGUUCAAAUUGCUGGUAGUAACCUCAGUGUGAAGGUAUAUCAUCAAGGUGCAUAAGUAUGGUUUCUUCUCCACGACAGACCUUCCGGCCUGCUGCAAUGGUGAUCGAGCGCUCGGCUGACUUUGGGAAGAACUGGCAGGUGUACCGCUACUUUGCAUACGACUGUGAGGCGGCAUUCCCUGCGAUAUCCCCAGGGCCCAUGCAGAAAGUGGAUGACAUCAUCUGCGAUUCACAUUACUCCGACAUCGAACCAUCGACAGAGGGAGAGGUGUGUGUUCUGAAUUACUGGGUUUUGAGAGAGUCUAAAUUCUUUCAAUGUUAGGUUUAUACACUAAGUUUACAAAACAUUAAGAACACCUGCUCUUUCCAUGACAUAGACUGACCAGGUGAAUCCAGGUGAAAGCGGCAGGUUGCCUAGCGGUUAAGAGCGUUGGGCCAGUAACUGAAACGUCUCUGGUUUGAGUCCCUGAGCCAACUAGGUUAAAACUCUGGCUGUGCCCUUGAGCAAGGCACUUAACCCUAAUUGCUUCUGUAAAUCGCUCUGGAUAGGAGCGUCUGCUAAAUGACUAAAAUGUAAAUGUUAUUCAUGUCACUUAUUAGAUCCACUUCAAUCAGUGUAGAUGAAGGGGAGGAGACAGGUUAAAGAAUGAUUUUUAAGUGGCUUUGAACGGGCUAUGGUCGUAGGUGCCAGGCGCACCGGUUUAUGUCAAGAACUGCAACGCUUCUGGAUUUUUCCCGUGUGUAUCACGAAUGGUCCACCACCCAAAGGACAUCCAACCAACUUGACACAACUGUGGGAAGCAUCGGAGUCAACAUGGGCCAGCAUCCCUGUGAAAUGCUUUCGACACCUUGUAGAGUCCAUGCCCUGACGAAUUGAGGCUGUUCUGAGGGGGUUGGGGUGCAACUCAAUAAUAGGAAGCUGUUCUUAAUGUUUUGUACACUCAGUGUAUGUUAAGUAAUUAAUUGUAGCUAAGUAAUAACUAAUCACAUACAGUGCCUUCGAAAAGUAUUCAGAACCCUUGACUUUUUCCACAUUUUGUUACAUUACAGCCUUAUUCUAAAAUUGAUUAAAUAAAUAACAAUCCUCAGCAAUCUACACACAAUACCCAAUAAUGACAAAGCAAAAACAGGUUUUUGAAAUGUUUGCACAUUUAUUAAAAAUAAAAAACAGAAAUACCUUAUUUACAUAAGUAUUCAGACCCUUUGCUAUGAGACUCGAAAUUGAGCUCAGGUGGAUCCUGUUUGAUCAUCCUUGAGAUGUUUCUACAACUUGAUUGGAGUCCACCUUUGGUCAAUUCAAUUGAUUGGACAUUAUUUGGAAAGGCACACAUCUCUCUAUAUAAGGUCCCACAGUUGACAGUGCAUGUCAGACCAAAAACCAAGCCAAAAGGUCGAAGGAAUUGUCUGUGGGGCUCCGAGACAGAAUCUGGGGAAGGGUACCAAAACAAUUCUGCAGCAUUGAAGGUCCCCAAGAACACAGUGGCCUCCAUCAUUCUUAAAUGGAAGAAGUUUAGAACCACCAAGAUUCCUAGAACUGGCCGCCCGGCCAAACUGAGCAAUCGGGGGAGAAGGGCCUUGGUCAGGGAGGUGACCAAGAACCCAAUGGUCACGCUGACAGAGCUCCAGAGUUCCUCUGUGGAGAUGGGAGAACCUUCCAGAAGGACAACCAUCUCUGCAGCGCUCCACCAAUCAGGCCUUUAUGGUAGAGUGGCCAGACGUAAGCCACUCCUCAGUAAAAGGCACAUGACAGCCUGCUUGGUGUUUGCCAAAAGGCACCUAAAGGACUCUCAGACCAUGAGAAAGAAGAUUCUCUGGUCUGAUGAAACCAAGAUUGAACUCUUUGGCCUGAAUGCCAAGCGUCACGUCUGAAGGAAACCUGGCACCAUCCCUACAGUGCAGCAUGGUGGUGGCAGAAUUUUUCAGACUGGGUGAAGGUUCACCUUCCAACAGGACAACGACCCUAAGCACACAGCCAAGACAACGCAGGAGUGGCUUCGGGACAAGUCUCUGAAUGUCCUUGAGUGGCCCAGCCAGAGGCCGUCCUUAAACCUGAUCGAACAUCUCUGGAGAGACCUGAAAAUAGCUGUGCAGCAACGCUCCCCAUCCAACCUGGCAGAGCUUGAGAGGAUUUGCAGAGAAGAAUGGGAGAAACUCCCCAAAUACAGGUGUGCCAAGCUUGUAGUGUCAUACCCAAGAAGACUCAAGGCUGUAAUCGCUGCCAAAGGUGCUACAACAAAGUACUGAGAAAAGUGUCUGAAUAUUUGUAGUAUUUGUAAUGUAAUAUUUCAGUUUUUAUUUAUUUAUUAAUUAGCAAAAAUGUAUAAAAACCUGUUUUUGCUUUGUCAUUAUGGGGUAUUGUGUGUAGACUGAUGAGGGAAAAAAACAAUUGAAUCAAUUUUAGAAUAAGGCUGUAACCUAACUAAAUGUGGAAAAAGUCAAGGGGUCUGAAUACUUUCCGAAGGCACUGUAUAUGACACAAUAUGCUGGAUGUCUUGAGAGAAAAGAAGCCAUUGAAAGUAGAGUGUAAUCCCACUGACUGUAAACCCAUCUGUCUCUGUAGGUCAUCUUCCGAGUUUUGGAUCCAGCUUUCCGUAUUGAAGAUCCCUACAGCCCCAGAAUCCAAAGUAAGUUCCAGUGAUGAUAUGUGUACUUAAUGGUUUAUAUCUGCUAGUAAGGUGUUCUUUUUAUCCUUCCCAUGUUUUGGAAAAUACCAGCUAUGUGUUGCCUAUUAGCCAACUAAACUGCAAAACACUAUUAUACGCAUAAUGACCUCAAGGCUAAUAAUCUACAAGCUAACGGCUAACACAUGUUUCUGAAUGAUUCAGACAUGUUGAAGAUCACCAACCUGAGGGUGAAGUUCACCAAGCUGCACACCCUGGGAGACAACCUGCUGGACUCCCGCAUGGAGAUCAAGGAGAAGUACUACUACGCUGUCUACGACAUGGUGGUCCGGGGUAACUGCUUCUGCUACGGACACGCCUCCGAGUGCGCCCCCGUCGACGGGGCUGGGGAUGGAGUGGAGGGCAUGGUGAGUUCUCCUUGAUAAGAUUGUCGUAGUUUUCAUCAGGUCUCCUUAUUUGUGGAAGUUUGUGCACUUUGUGUUUGUGUGUGUGUGUGUGUUUGUUGCUGUUUAAGAACAACUCUGUUUGUGUUGGUGAAAGUGUGUGGGUCUACAUCUGUGUGUGCUUGCGCGACUUUGUUUGUGUAUUUGCGGACAACGUGUCAAUGUGUGUGUAUGCCAGGGAGAGAAAAAGGCAAACAAUGCAGUUCCUGUUUAGUCUCUGCUACAGCCUGUCUGCCUGUCUGUCUGUCUGUCUGUCUGCCUGUCUGCGGAAAGGCUGCUCUGUCUUUUGUUCACUUUUAUUAUACAGGCUAUUCACCAGGAAAGAGGAAAGUAACCCUAUUUAGAUGAGUCAAACUCUCCUCUUCCUCUGUCAGUGUUUUUCAAAUUGAUUCCCUCACAUUACAACGUCUUAAAGACUUAACAAGAUACAGUAACACCUUGCCUGAGGAGGCCUAACAUAAAAGCUACAUAACCCUGUCAUAAGAGUGGCAUCGUGCCUUUUAUAACGACACCAAACUUGGCACGUAUCUGUUAUUUUGUUGAAGGUUUUAUUAUUGAAUUGUUAGUUUGAUCAUUUUAACCGGAUCCAAGUGUGUCUGUCUGUCAGCGUAUUGGCAUUUGUCCCCUCAGUUUAAUGCAGACCAGAUGAGAGCUAGCCGACACUGUUAACAUGUCCUGCUGCCAUCUGGAAUGGGAAUACACGGAUAGAGCUGUAGGAAAAAAACGAUAUCUUGCGCAACUGCUCCUUUUGUCUCUAGUUUCCCCUUGCUUUUGCACUGAUAUCUCAGCUGUAAUUGACCAUGAUGGCCAAAGGAAGUUGACUCAAAUACCACUGUUCCACCAGAGGCCUGGGUCUCUGUACAGUAGUUGAUAAGGCCCUGAACUAUACUAUUAAACCCUGAAUAUGGCCUGUGAAAUCAUUUUAAGGUGGAUAUCCAUAGAUCAUUUGUGUUCGUAGUUUAUGCACAUGAAUAAGAGAUGAAGUAAUAGCUUAUUCACUGCUUAUAAGUGCGUACUAAAUGUUUAAUUCAGUUGCUCGCCUCCAUUUCUGUAUGAUUUUCUCAAGGUCCAUGGCCACUGUAUGUGCAACCACAACACCAUGGGGCUAAACUGUGAGAAGUGUCAGGACUUCUACCACGACCUGCCCUGGAGACCAGCCAAGGGACGCAACACCAAUGCCUGUAAAAGUAUGCCUUUUUACCCUAACAUAUUUUUUUACUAAAGGGGAAUAUUAUAGCUUGUGGUCAACCUUACAAUAGAUCGCUUGUGAUGACUGCAGUGUCUGCUCAGUCAGUUUACAACCAUCCAACUGCCUUUUUAUAAACACUGUGAAUCAACGUUGUCUGUUUUCCCCCUCUCUCUCUCUCGCUCUCUCUCUGCAGAGUGUAACUGUAACCAGCACUCAGGCUUGUGUCACUUCGACAUGGCAGUGUAUGUAUCUACGGGUAACGUGAGCGGCGGUGUGUGUGACGAGUGCCAGCACAACACCAUGGGUUACAACUGUGAACAGUGCAAGCCUUUCUACUACCAACACCCAGAGAGGGACAUCCGUGACCCUAGCAUCUGUGAACGUAAGUCGAACCCUGAACCUCCAAUUCCAACCCCCUCUACGGCUCCCCUCCCCUCCACACCCCACCAUCCAAACCCAGCCUUCACCUCUCUACCUCCAUCCAUCCUGUUAUAUUCUCCCCCAUUACUCCUCCACCUCUUGAACCUCUGUUUCUUCAACUCUACCUCCAUCCUUGUAUGUUUCUCCACCACUUUACUCCAUCCCCCACUCAUCCUCAUCUCGUCCGUGACUCUGUCUGUCUCUCUUUAGAAUUAUAUAUUUUCAUAUUUUCCCUUCCUCCCAUCUGGCUCUUUGAUCCUGCCUCUGUGAUCUGGAUGUGAGAGAGAACACCUGGGCUUUGAGGCUGUAUCAGCCAAAGCAGCGCGGUCUUCCUUUAACCCCAAACCCCUAUAUGGUGUAGAAGAGACCCUUCUCAUAUGCCACCUCCCCCCUUUCAUGGCUCUCUGGGUAGAAAUUGACAUCAGGCUGCAGGAGAUGCAUACCUGAUUUCAGAUUAGCAUCUAGGGAGAACUUCAUCUCAGUCUGCGUUGAUGUGUGAAUAAUGGGCUUGUUAGAGUUUUCAUUUGUCUCCAGUGUUUUGAGUCCUUGUGUGUGUGUGUGGUGUGUGAGAGAACUUCCAUUAUUACUUUGUAAGCCUUUUUUCUACCAUUUUGUUUUAAGUUUGGUCAUUUUGUUAGCCUGCAGAUAGCUACAGUUAAGCACACAAAUUAUUGAAGCAGAUGUAGGAACAUUUUUGAAGGGAUUUUCAAAUAACCUUCAGAAGUUACAGUAUGUUCCCUUCUUCAAGAGGAACAUAUCAAAUACUUCACAUUGAUAUUGACUUUGACCAUUUCCUUUUACUUGUUCAUUUUGACUUACUUUCCAUUCCAUGAAUGUGGACUUGACCAUUUAUUUCUUCGUCCUGUUAGCUAGUCACCAUUGUAGCUUUUCUACUCCACUAGUUCCAUGCACAAUAUCCCAUUUUACAUCAGAAUUCCUAACUCAAUGUUCCUGAUGAUUCCCAUCUCUUCGUAGCAUGUAAUUGUGAUCCGGUGGGCUCUCUGAACGGCGGGAUCUGUGACAGGAUGACUGAUGUGUCGUCUGGACUGAUUGCUGGCCAGUGUCGCUGCAAGCCCAAUGUGGAGGGAGAGUACUGUGACCAGUGCAAACAGGCCCACUAUGGCCUGGGUGACCACCCUCUGGGCUGCCUGGGUAAGUACACACACACACAUUCACACACACAUUCACACACACGUCUUGGGUUUUUCAAGUCCUUGCAUAGGCUUUUUCAAGCUGUGUAUUUCGGCAUUUUAUUUGAAUAACUAAACUUUGUUGUUUUUCCCAGCCUGCACCUGUAAUGCCCUGGGGACAGUUCCUGGAGGGAGUCCGUGUGAUACAGACUCAGGGGACUGUUUCUGCAAACGCCUGGUCACAGGGAGAAACUGUGACCAGUGUAUGGUAAGGAAUCCUGUUCUGAUGAUUUAGUUACUUUGUACACAACACUCAAGCUCAACUGUGCUAACUGAUAGACCAAAAGGUUAGCCCUGUCACUCUGUGAGAGUCAGUUGACUUAUCAUCACCAAUGGCCACUAGCGCUUCACUAGCCAGCUAGUUACACAUCUGCUACAUACGUUCUGUAAGUGUUUUGAUCGUUUGGUUUGGUCGUUACCAAGGCUGUAAAUCUUUGGGACAUUAAACACCCUCUGGGUUGUAACGAGACUGGUACAUCCGUCCACAGCUUGGAAACAGCUUUUGCAGUGAAACAUAGGGGGGAGGUCAUUAACAACGUGUCAUUAAAGGAGUGUUUUUGACAAUGUGUGUGUGUCCUACAGCCUCAGCACUGGGGGCUCAGCAAUGACAUGGAUGGCUGCAGACCAUGUGAUUGUGACCUGGGUGGAGCCCUCAAUAACGAGUGAGUUCAAAGUUCACCUCUCUAAUUCACUUAUCUAAAUGCCUGUCUGUUACCCAAUUUACUUAAACAAUUCUUCAUACUUAAACAAUUCUUCAUACUUUCUUUUUUGAUACAACCACAGAAGUCUUCAAACUGAGUGUUACCUUAAUGUUGAAUCUUUUAAACUGUAAUUGAACUCGGUCUGUAACAUUCCCUCCUUGUCCUCUCUCUCUGACUCCAGCUGUUCUCAGGAGACUGGCCAGUGUGCGUGUAGAGAACACAUGUUUGGCCGGCACUGUGACCAGGUGGAGUCAGGCUUCUACUUCAUCGCCCUGGACCACUACACCUACGAGGCCGAGGACGCCAAGUUUGGACCUGUGAGUUACCUUUGAACUUUUGUUAUUGACUUUCUUCUAAGGCCUAUGGGGUCGGUGGUGAUUCCUAUGUAACACACGGGAUAUGAACCUGGAUCUCUCACGGGAGCAACCAACAUCUUAGACCAAGAGGGAAUUCCUUCUAGGGACACUGGUUUUUAAGUUGGCAUUCAGGACUACCUCAUUACGUGACCAUGAGAGACCACCCCACGUUGGGCGCCAAUGCAACACGUGGGAUAUGAACCCAGGUCCCCCACGGGAGCAACCAACUCUUAGACCAAUAGGAAAUUUAUGUCCGCUACACCUACUCACCUUUUGUCUUUCUCACCCUCUAUUUUCCUCUCCCUCUCUUCUUCCUCCAGGGUGUGACAGUAGUGCAGAGACCUCACCCUCAGGACCGUAGCCCCACCUGGACAGGGAUAGGUUUUGUCAACGUUCCCGAGGGGGCCUACAUGGAGUUCUCCAUUGACAACAUCCCCCACUCCAUGGAGUACGAUAUCCUCAUCCGUUACGAGCCUCAGGUCAGCUUCGGCACAUAUCACAUAUCCACCUACAUGGGGUCAUUUCCCUACCCUUGUUUACCUGUUUACCAAUGUCUAUGUACUUGUUGUGUUGGCGUAGUUACCAGACCAGUGGGAGGAGGUGUUGAUGACGGUGAUGCGGCCCAGUUUGAUUUCAGCAGACAGUCGCUGUGCCAACACCAUGCCUGACGACGACAACCAGAUGAUAUCCCUCCACCCCGGAUCACGGUAAACACACACCGCCUCCUCUGUCUGAGUGUAUGUGUUGGUGGGAGGGGGACUGUUGGGUAACUGGUGGGUGCAUGUGAGAGUGAGUGAUGGACUCUGUCUGUAUAUUAGGUAUAUUCUGAGUCUGUGUAUGCACACUGGAGGUUCCCCUGUAGCACAUUGGGAACACUGAUUUAGUGUGUGUGUGUGUCAUAGGAGUAUUUGAAAGUGUGUGUUCUUUUCUGAAAUCCAUCUUUGUCUUGUCUCCUCAGAUAUGUGGUGCUCCCCAGACCAGUGUGUUUCGAGGCAGGGAUGAACUACACUGUUCGUCUGAGCCUGCCCCUCUACUCUGCACUCAGCGACGUCCAGUCCCCAUAUACACUCAUCGACUCGGUUAGUUCCCACACACACACACUGUCAAACACAUAGUCACAACUCUGACUUUUGCUUAAAAUAUCCAUCAAUGUCAAUUGUAGACUUAGGCAGAAAUUUCAGCUACUAGGAUUUCAUAUUAGGAUUGGGCCCUUACUGACUCCAUACUAAAUCUCAUUCCAUCUUCUGUAUCUCUCUUCCCGGUCUGUAGAUUGUGCUGAUGCCCCACUGUAAGAACCUGGAGAUCUUCACUGGUUCUGAGGGAGGUGACGUGGCCACCAACAGUGCCUGGGACAUGUUCCAGCGCUACCGCUGUCUGGAGAACAGCCAGAGCGUAGUGAAGACCCCCUCCACAGACAUCUGUCAUAACUUCAUCUUCAGCGUAUCUGCUCUGCUGCACCAGGGAGCUAAAGGUAUGGGACCGCACUACAGUUAUAUAUUCUUCAACAUACUUGUAUGCUCAUGUAUGUGAGCAUAGACUAAAGGUCAAAAUGGGGGGGGGUUUAACUAAAGGUCUUUGUUAGGGUUGAAUGGCGGGAACCCGGUUACCGAGAUUUACCGCCCAAAACCACUCCCUUUUCCCGGGAUAAUUAACUGCGAGAAACUGGUAAAUUAUAAAAAGGGUCUACGGCCCUCUCUCCGCAUCUCUGCAUGAUCAAUCAUCAACACUCAGGGUAGGAUAAUACAGCCCAUCUCAGUAUGGAGCGCAGUUCACUAUGCUUGCAGACCUAUCAUCUCAUCAUGGUAACUUUGUUGUUGUGACAAGUAGACCUACAUUUGCUGCAGCAUAGCCUAUGCUACAGUAAUAUAAAGACCGAAUGCGCUUCUAAUUUACCCAUCUCCAUCUGGCUUUCGGGGGUCACCUUAUUUUUGAAUUGUAAUUUAAUUGUAAUUUGAAUUGUAAAGAUUGUUUUUAAUUGCAGCUGCGUAGUUUUAAAACAGUGUAUCACUCGAAUAAUGUUGCUUUAAAUCAGUGCACGCACGAGCACUCUCUCGCAGUCUUUCUCAAUUCCAUUCAAAUUGCCUCCAAAAUAGAUAAUCCUGUUCAAGAUUGAUAUAGGCAUAUACAGUGCAUUCAGAAAGUAUUCAGACCCCUUCACUUUUUUUACAUUUGUUUUCGUUACAGCCUUAUUCUAAAAUGGAUUAAAUAAAAAUACAUCCUCAUCUAUCUACACACAAUACCCAAUAAUGACAAAGCAAAAACAGGUUUUUAGAAAUGUUUGCAAUUGGACAUGAUUUGGAAAGGCACACACCUGUCUAUGUAAGGUCCCACAGUUCACAGUGCGUGUCAGAGCAAAAACCAAGCCAUGAGGUUGAAGGAAUUGUCCAUAGAGCUCCGAGACAGGAUUGUUGAGGCACAGAUCUGGGGAAGGGUACCAAAACAAUUCUGCACCAUUGAAGUUCCCCAAGAACACAGUGGCCUCCAUCAUUCUUAAAUGGAAGAAGUUUGGAACCACCAAGACUCUUCCUAGAGCUGGCCGCCCGGCCAAACUGAGCAAUCGGGGGAGAGGGGCCUUGGUCAGGGAGGUGACCAAGAACCUGAUGGUCACUCUGACAGAGCUCCGGAGUUCCUCUGUUGAGAUGGGAGAACCUUCCAGAAGGACAACCAUCUCUGCAGCACUCUACCAAUCAGGCCUUUAUGGUAGAGUGGCCAGACGGAAGCCACUCCUCAGUAAAAGGCACAUGACAGCCUGCUUGGAGUUUGCCAAAAGGCACCUAAAGGACUCUCAGACCAUGAUAAACAAGAUUCUCUGGUCUGAUGAAACCAAGAUUGAACUCUUUGGCCUGAAUGCCAAGCUUCACAUCUGGAGGAAACCAGGCACCGCUCAUCACCUGGCCAAUACCAUGUCUACGGUGAAGAAUGGUGGUGGCAGCAUCAUGCUGUGGGGAUGUUUUUCAGCGGCAGGGACUGGGAGACCAGUCAGGAUCGAGGGAAAGAUGAACGGAGCAAAGUACAGAGAGAUCCUUGAUGAAAACCUGCUUCAGAACGCUCAGGACCUCAGACCGGGGCGAAGGUUCACCUUCCAACAGGACAACGACCCUAAGCACACAGCCAAGACAAUGCAGGAGUGGCUUCGGGACAAGUCUCUGAAUGUCCUUGAGUGGCCCAGCCAGAGCCCGGACUUGAACCCGAUCGAACAUCUCUGGAGAGACCUGAAAAUAGCUGUGCAGUGACGCUCCCCAUCCAACCUGACAGAGCUUGAGAGGAUCUGCAGAGAAGAAUGGGAGAAACUCCCCAAAUACAGGUGUGCCAAGCUUGUAGCGUCAUACCCAAGAAGACUCGAGGCUGUAAUCGCUGCCAAAGGUGCUUCAACAAAGUACUGAGUAAAGGGUCUGAAUACUUAUGUAAAUGUGAUAUUUGCAAAAAUUUCUAAAAACCUGUAUUUGCUUUGUCAUUAUGGGGUAUUGUGUGUACAUUGAUGAGGGAAAAAAACAAUUUAAUCCAUUUUAGAAUAAGGCUGUAACAUAACAAAAUAUGGAAAAAGUGAAGGGAUCUGAAUACUUUCCGAAUGCACUGUAUUUAGAUGUCCUAGCCUACCUCUUUCAGAUAAUAAAUUAAAUGCAGUAUUAGCCAUAUAUUUAGCUAAUGAAUUAUAUGUUCUGCAUAAUAAGCUUCUAACUUAUAGCCUCUGUCUCUUGCGCAAUACGCACGCACCUGUUUUCUGCUGGCCUCCUUAAAAAAACGCUCCUUAGACCCAUGCAAGAAAAGCUACACUAGAAUAGCUUGCUGGACAUUUUUUGUUUUGCAUUUCUUAUACCUAUAGAUUAUUCUAUUGGUAACUCCUGAGUGGCGCAGUGGUCUAAGGCACUGCAUCGCAGUGCUAACUGUGCCACUAGAGAUCCUGGUUCGAAUCCAGGCUCUGUCGCAGCCGGCCGCGACCGGGAGACUCAUGGGGCGGCGCACAAUUGGCCCAGCGUCGUCCAGGGUAGGGGAGGGAAUGGCCGGCAGGGAUGUAGCUCAGUUGAUAGAGCAUGGCGUUUGCAACGCCAGGGUUGUGGGUUCGAUUCCCACGGGGGGCCAUUAUAAAAAAAUAUGUAUUCACUAACUGUAAGUCGCUCUGGAUAAGAGCGUCUGCUAAAUGACUAAAAUGUAAAAUGUAAUUAUUCGAAGAGGGAUGCAAGAUCUUGUUUGCUGAAUGUUAAAUACCGCAGCCAAUAGAACUCGUGGGUAGUUUGAAAGAAGAGCGAAUGCACGAUGGCGGUAGGCUAUAGCAUUUAUUCAGACCCAUAACCAUUCAAUCUUCGUGAAGAGAAGUGAAAGCCAUCUGCAUUUAAUUCUAGUCCUAUAUUAUGCAAGCAUGUCAUUAGAAUGAUGAAGAUAAGGACAACAAAACGUAUUUAAUUUAACUGUUGAAUGCUAGGAAGGAAGCAACAAUAAAGUGAGAAAAGGAGGUAGGCUAUAACAUUAGGGGAAAUAUUAUGAAAGGUACUACAUUUACAUUACAUUUUAGUCAUUUAGUAGACGCUCUUAUCCAGAGCGACUUACAGUUAGUGAGUGCAUACAUUUUUCAUACUGGUCCCCCGUGGGAAACGAACCCACAACCCUGGCGUUGCCAGCGCCAUGCUCUACCAACUGAGCUACAGGGUACUAGCUACAUCUAUGGACUUUUAUGUUUUUAUGUUGUGUGUAAUGUGCAGUAGCCUAUACUGUAUAUCAUAUAUGUAUUGGAUAACGGCAUAACGGCUUUUUUGGGCUUGGGUUCAUCAAAUGUAUUUAAAAUAGGGCUCAUCAAAUGUAUUUAAUGUAUGGCUCAUCAGGCUCAGGUAGCAUCAGGCUUGAAUUUUUUAUCAAAGCGCUAAUCAAAUCCAGACAUAGGCCUAUUUAUAUUCUUUAUAUGCUUUUGAAUUACACUUCCGGUUUAGGCGGGAAAUAGCGAGUGGAACAUUUGCAAAAUACCUGGAAAAUAUUCAACCCUAGUCGUUGUCCCAAAGUCUGCAUGUGGUGCACAUUGUUUUGGAAAGACUGAAUUUCAUUCCAACGUUGACCUGCCACCUCUGUCUGGCAAUCAUCCCCAGUCAAUCUCCACAUAGACUCCCUAAACUAAAAGCCUCUGUCUUUCCUCUAACACAUCAGCAGUUUCCAUUCCUUUCUUUUCCUUGGGAACAUUCCUUUCCUGUCAUUCCUCUGUCAUUCUGUACCAUAUCCCCUCUUGUGUCUCUGGCACAUGGCAGUCAUCUCCGGUUUCCGACCCAUGCCACUCAUCAACAGUUACGCUAUGUCUCUAUCUCUCUAUAAUCUCCUCAUGUAUGGACCUGUAGCUUGAUUAUAGGCUCUCUCGGAUCCUGAAAUGCCCGUAGAGGAACUUUCUCAGCCCACAUCAGCAGUAAAUCUCCUACCCUGUCAGACGGAGUGAGAACUUGUCUGUACUGACAGGCUAUAGCAUAUACAGGGUUCAUGCUAUCAUAUGGAAGUUUUCACAUAGGUGGUCUGAUUUAGAAUAGAAGAGUAUAACAUAAUGUAAAAUAUAUAAUAGAACCAAAUACUCUAUCUUCUUUGAGGGGAACUUUUCUCACUCAUGGUCGGCGAAAACUAAUGAAAUGUAUAACAAAGCCAUACUGUAUAUGACGGUACCUACUUUGCAACAUAAUACUGUAGUUAGAUGUCUAGGUGAAGAGAAGUAAUUGUUAGGAUCAAAAUAUGAUGUAAGUGUGAUAUGCUUUGAUUGGCUUUGUAUUCAUUGUCUCUAGGAAUGCUGUCAGUAUUAGUUCAAAUCCUCCCAGCUGUGGAAGUCACAUUAUCUUGUCUCAAUUACCAUGUGGAGGUUGUUUGAGGUCUCCUGGACAGAUGUAGUUUCUGCACAUUGCUGCAGGUCUUCACAAAGCCAAUGUGGUUUCGUAGGUCCCUUUUAAGUCUUACCCCAGCCUUAGCAGAUGAUAAAGAUCAGAGUGUCUUCAAGAUCUGCGUGCAAUAAUCUAGCCCAUAGAUCAGUUCACCUCCCUUAGAUCUGAAGGUCCUCACAUUGCUGUGGUGUCCCCUUAUUAAAGCUGGACUCCUUAGUUGCUACAUCCAUUAUUGGACAUAAAUUAAUGAUAUAUACCCAUUGAUUCUUGAAGAAUAGAACUUAUAAAUGCCUCAUGAGCUUAGUUCAACUGUCGUACCCCAUCAGAACCCAAAAUAGAAGCUUGUUUUACUCCAAUGAUUGUAAACAAUGUAAAUGUAAAGGAACACUGUCCCACUGGGCAAAAACUGGUUGAAUCAACAUUGUUUCCACGUCAUUUCAACCAAAAAAUCCAAUGUGAUGAUGUUGAAACAACAAAAUGUAAGGGAAUUUUGUAUUUUUGUCAACUUUUAACCUUAAUCCAAUGACAGGGUGACAUUUGUUGUUGAUUUCACGUUGAAUUCACACUAGUUGACAACUCAACCAAAUAUAAAUCAAAGCUAGACAUUGAACUGAUGUCUGUGCCCACAUGGUUACAACUAUAAUUUUUAUAUCAUGGAUGGUCAGUCCUUGCAUCCAUAACACUGUUAAUAUAUAUUUUUUUAGAGUUGUUACAUUUCACCAGGCCCAUCCCUCUGCUUUUUACCAAACACAGACAGGGUGACCACUUUGUUAUUGUUUCAAUUCUAGCUUUAAGCCACAGUGGUUUAGAGGUGCUUCAGAAGUCCCAGGCGAGUUUUGAUUUAUGAGGACAGCAGAGACUUCAGAGGAUAAUGUUGAAGGAGUCCAGGCUUGGGCAGAGUCUGGCUCAGAGCAUAUCAUUACCCGCUAUCCAGGAAGAACUUUGGGGGAUGUUUAGUUCAUAUAGGGGCACAAAACUCACACUCUAAGGUUGCAUGUACUUAAGCUUGCGCGCGCACACACACCACACACACACAUUCCCAUGCUUGCCUAAAAUCCCCCUCCCCUGACGUGACCUAGUGAAUACCAGUUCACUCGUCUCUCUCCUCCACUCAUGGACUCACUGUCCUCUAUGGAAUGUCUGGUACCCCUCUCUCUCUUUCCACUCGUCUGUUGAGAAGGAUACGGUGCCUUUGUCAGCCUGUCAGUGUGAUAGAUUAUAGAAGGUGUUGUUGAUUAAAUACCUCAGUCGCCCUUAAUGAAACAAACCUUUGUCAGCAUGUCAAAGGCAAGAUAUAUUGAGGUAAAAUAUAUUGCGACAAAGGGUUAACCAGGGUUUUAUGUACAGUCAGUACUUAUACCAUAUUCAAAACUGUUUGAGUGAAAUACCUUACUCAUGUAUCCAGCAGCAACUAUUGCCCCCAUUUGAACAGAUCAUUCCAGAUUGUGUGUUUAACUAACUUUUAAGCCCAUUCCCCCACUCUCUCUUUAACAUUUCCUCCUGUCUCCAUUUUUCCAGCAUGCCAGUGUGACCCGCAGGGCGCCCUCAGCACGGUGUGUGACGCCAGUGGCGGGCAGUGCCAGUGUCGCCCCAACGUGGUGGGCAGGAACUGUGACAAGUGUGCCCCUGCCACGUACCUGUUUGGACCCAGCGGCUGCAGACGUAAAUUUGACUAAAUGAAAAGGCUGCCAUUUAGUAUUGCACAAUUACAGGCACUGAAUCUGGUACUUAUCACUCUCUUUGCUCUCCCCCUCUCUCCCCGCAGCCUGUGAUUGCAGUCCCCAGGGAUCGGAGGAUGCGUUCUGCCACGAGGCCACAGGCCAGUGUGUGUGUAUCCCCGGGGCGUACAGCCGUCAGUGUGACCGCUGUCUGCCGGGUCACUGGGGCUUCCCCAACUGUCGCCUCUGCACCUGCAACGGCCACACAGAGCAGUGCGACCCCUACUCCGGAAAGUGCCUGGGCUGCCGAGAACAGACCACUGGACACAAUUGCGAGAGGUCAGCCAGGGGUCAAUGUGGGUUGAGGAGUCAGGCGUCAAGGGUUAAGGAAGCUCAUUGGUGUAUGUCUGGAUGGGUGGGCAUUACAAUGGGUCCUUGGGAGUCAGUCGGUCGUCUAAAUCUCCCUGUAGCAUAAAGCCACUUAACAACUUUGAUUUGUUUUGUUAGUGUCUAUAAUAAAGACAUGUAUGUGAAUGAUAGAGUGAUAGAUACCACCUUUUGCCUUUUUCCCUACAGGUGUCUGGAUGGUUACUACGGCGACCCCAUCCUGGGUUCAGGCGACCAUUGUCGGCCCUGUAUGUGUCCGGAUGGGCCCGGCAGCGGGCGACAGUUUGCCGGCGGAUGUUACCGCGGUCUGGACUCCCACUACCAGGUGUUCUGUAUCUGCAGCCCCGGGUACAGAGGUAGGCAGCCAAUAACAACCACCUGCCAAGAUUUAUAGAGCACCUAGUAAACUAGUGGAGCAUGGCAGGAUUACUUAUUAGACUUGUUCCAUGCUUCCUAUGGAACAAGUCUGAACAGAAUCAUUCAGACUUGUUCCCUAGGAAGCAGAAGAUUUGUAUGCAUUCAUGUUGAAGCUUGAGGUGACUUUCCAUGAUGUAUAGCUGCCUGCAAUGUACAGUCACAGUUUGAUAUAUAGAUUGUUUGACAGGAGGGAAUACAGCAGGGUUGUGCUCAAUUCAGAAUUGAAUUAGAAUUGAGGUAGUAAAGAGGAUACAGAAUUGCAAUUCAAAUUUGAAUUAAAGGAAAUAGAAUAAAAUUCAAUGAAAUUCAAAUGCCUCUUCUAUUAUAUACAGUGGGGGAAAAAAGUAUUUAGUCAGCCACCAAUUGUGCAAGUUCUCCCACUUAAAAGAUGAGAGAGGCCUGUAAUUUUCAUCAUAGGUACACGUCAACUAUGACAGACAAAAUGAGAUUUUUUUUCUCCAGAAAAUCACAUUGUAGGAUUUUUUAUGAAUUUAUUUGCAAAUUAUGGUGGAAAAUAAGUAUUUGGUCAAUAACAAAAGUUUCUCAAUACUUUGUUAUAUACCCUUUGUUGGCAAUAACACAGGUCAAACGUUUUCUGUAAGUCUUCACAAGGUUUUCACACACUGUUGCUGGUAUUUUGGCCCAUUCCUCCAUGCAGAUCUCCUCUAGAGCAGUGAUGUUUUGGGGCUGUCGCUGGGCAACACAGACUUUCAACUCCCUCCAAAGAUUUUCUAUGGGGUUGAGAUCAGGAGACUGGCUAGGCCACUCCAGGACCUUGAAAUGCUUCUUACGAAGCCACUCCUUCGUAGCCCGGGCGGUGUGUUUGGGAUCAUUGUCAUGCUGAAAGACCCAGCCACGUUUCAUCUUCAAUGCCCUUGCUGAUGGAAGGAGGUUUUCACUCAAAAUCUCAUGAUACAUGGCCCCAUUCAUUCUUUCCUUUACACGGAUCAGUCGUCCUGGUCCCUUUGCAGAAAAACAGCCCCAAAGCAUGAUGUUUCCACCCCCAUGCUUCACAGUAGGUAUGGUGUUCUUUGGAUGCAACUCAGCAUUCUUUGUCCUCCAAACACGACGAGUUGAGUUUUUACCAAAAAGUUAUAUUUUGGUUUCAUCUGACCAUAUGACAUUCUCCCAAUCCUCUUCUGGAUCAUCCAAAUGCACUCUAGCAAACUUCAGACGGGCCUGGACAUGUACUGGCUUAAGCAGGGGGACACGUCUGGCACUGCAGGAUUUGAGUCCCUGGCGGCGUAGUGUGUUACUGAUGGUAGGCUUUGUUACUUUGGUCCCAGCUCUCUGCAGGUCAUUCACUAGGUCCCCCCGUGUGGUUCUGGGAUUUUUGCUCACCGUUCUUGUGAUCAUUUUGACCCCACGGGGUGAGAUCUUGCGUGGAGCCCCAGAUCGAGGGAGAUUAUCAGUGGUCUUGUAUGUCUUCCAUUUCCUAAUAAUUGCUCCCACAGUUGAUUUCUUCAAACCAAGCUGCUUACCUAUUGCAGAUUCAGUCUUCCCAGCCUGGUGCAGGUCUACAAUUUUGUUUCUGGUGUCCUUUGACAGCUCUUUGGUCUUGGCCAUAGUGGAGUUUGGAGUGUGACUGUUUGAGGUUGUGGACAGGUGUCUUUUAUACUGAUAACAAGUUCAAACAGGUGCCAUUAAUACAGGUAACGAGUGGAGGACAGAGGAGCCUCUUAAAGAAGAAGUUACAGGUCUGUGAGAGCCAGAAAUCUUGCUUGUUUGUAGGUGACCAAAUACUUAUUUUCCACCAUAAUUUGCAAAUAAAUUCAUUAAAAAUCCUACAAUGUGAUUUUCUGGAAUUUCUUUUCUCAAUUUGUCUGUCAUAGUUGACGUGUACCUAUGAUGAAAAUUACAGGCCUCUCUCAUCUUUUUAAGUGGGAGAACUUACACAAUUGGUGGCUGACUAAAAAUGUUUUUUCCCCACUGUAUUAGGUAUAGUCUACAGUAUAUAAAUAUAGAUUUUGUACAUAAAACAUCAAACAUGUCAUUAUAUACAUGCAUAUAAAAUAUUGAUGAAUAUCAAGGAAAACAAAACCUGUAUAUGAAUAUGCUAAGUUAUUAUAUUUCAUUAAUCACUUAAAUUUGCUUCAAUAUGGGGAACAUACUACAUUUACAAGAAUGCAUUAGUUUAACCCUUAAGUUGAUCCUAAAGCCUUCAAAAAGAAGCAAAACAAAUUAAAUGGUUGAUGGAAAUAUAAUUGGCUAUUUUAAGCACUAAGGUUAAAAGAGUAUAUGAACAUUGUUUCCAGAGAAAAGUGAUAUAUUCCUUGGUAUCUGGAAGUGUGACCUGUCAGAUUAAAUGAAACACAUUCUAUGACUGACUGGAAUUUAUUUGAAUUGCACUGAAUUCAUUCUACAUCCUGUGGGGUGUGGCCAAUUCAAUUCGAAUUUCAGCUCAUGAGUGUAAUGGGAGUCAAUUCCAAAAUUCUGAAUUGAGCACAACCCUGGCAUACAGUAUGUUAUUGUUGAAGUAAAUAUAUAGGCAGUCAUUAUUUCUGAUAGUGUGGCUAGGUGAAUAGAUUGUUGUUGUAGAGGUGAGUGAUGACACACUUAUUCUGGUGAAGGGGUUAUUAAGCAUUUUUUCCCCCUUCACCCUUUACCUCUUGUUCCUUCUCUCUUCCUUUGUCUUUCCCUCUCCCCUACAGGUGCCAGAUGUGAGGAGUGUGCUCCAGGUUACUAUGGAAACCCCCAUGAGAACAGCGGGCAGUGCCAACCCUGCCAGUGCAACAACAACAUUGACAUGCUGGAUCAGGAGUCCUGUGAUGCCAGAACGGGUGAAUGUCUCAAAUGUCUCUAUCACACUGAGGGUCAGGGCUGCCACAGCUGCAAGCUGGGUUACUAUGGAGAUGCCCUCACACAAAACUGCAGAAGUGAGUAAAAAUAGUUAACUUGCAUUUCUUUGUUAUUUGUUUGUCGUAUCAAUGUGAGGUGAAGUAGUUGUCAUUGUCCAAUUGCCAACCUGCUAGCAACGUAACUUCUCUCCCUCAGAGUGUAUGUGUAACCACCUGGGCACCAACCCAGCCACGUGCCCGUCAGUGGGUGACUGCCACUGUGAUCUCGGCAGCGGUCAGUGCCAGUGUCUACCGAAUGUGGUGGGUCAGCACUGUGACCAGUGUGCCCCUGACACCUGGAACAUGGCCAGCGAGACGGGCUGCGACGUCUGCGACUGUGACCCCAACCACUCAUUUGGGACGUCCUGCAAUGAGGUGGGUUCUCACACGACCACACCCUUCUUCUGUUGGGUCCUAAGGUCACAUUUCUAAUAUUUAUGCAUGUGUUUUGUCAACAGCUGAGUGGCCAGUGCUCCUGUAAGCCUGGCUUUGGU